GCUCCGAUGACGUCAGCCCGGAAGUGUAGUGUGUCUGGAGAGUGUGCUGCUUGUUAUUGUUGAAUGAGACCUGGUGCUUGUGAUUCCAGGCUCAGGAGCCGAGGUAAGAGCUGGCUGGCUGGGGGGACCCCAUACAUCUCAUUUAGAGAGGAGCUUGAUUUACCCCUGGGUAGCUAUGGUUUCACAUGUGGCUGCCUGGGAUUAGUGAGAGUGUCCAAUAUCCUAUAGACUAACCACUGUCUAUUACAAGCUCUGUUUUACCUGGAUAUAAAAAUAAAAUUUAAUAAAGUGGUCCAUACUACUGCAGGAUCCCUCCAUCAAAACUGGGGCAGAGAUGUGCACAUGAUAUAGCUAUAACACUGUGUGUUACCCACCACUGGGGGAGGUAAGGGGGUUAUCUCUUGAUUUUGUAAUAACAGUGAGAUGUAAACAUUAAUUACAUUAUUUAUACCUAGCAUAGUUCACCCUGUUUGUAAAGAACUUCAGUUUAUGCAUUAUUAUCAGAAUCAGAUAACCAUGUUACAUGAUGGAGAACAGUGCCUCAUUAGUUUAGAUUUGAAUGGAUAUUAGAGAGAUUCUUGCAAAAAUGUGGUAAAUAUUUUACUGUUUUCACUAUGCUUUAAUUAAAAAUAUCAAUGCAAAUGUUUAACGACUCGAGCAUAUGAAAUGCAGUGUAAACAUUGCAGAUUACACUCAUUCAUAUUUAAAGUUAUAAUGUAAUAUAACAACUUUAAUGUACAUUGUAAUGUAGCAACUCUUCAUGAUUUACAUUUUAUUUUGAAAGAGAGGUAUGAUGUUUAAUCCAAGAUUAAAAAACAAACAACUAUAUGACAUUUGGAACAUUUUAAAUUUAGCUGCAGAAUUGCUGUUGAUUUGCCUUGGCAAAUUACAUUACAUAGGUACUGUACUAUUUUUAAUUAAAAAAAAAUGUUUUUAAUGUAGCUGAGAGAAACUUUGUUGCAUUUCCAACUGCCGCCAUGCUGCCAGUCAUUUUAAAUUUUUAUAUUUUAAGUUUUGCAUCUUUGAGACAAAGUUAAAAAGAGUUACAGUAGCAUGGAUGUAUAUCGUUUCAUAUGAUGUUUUACUCUGUCAGCCAAGACAUUAAAACCACUGACCGGUGAAGUUAAUAACAUUGAUUAUAUUGUUGCAAUAGCACCCAUUAAGGGGCAGGUUAUAUUUGACCUUAAGUAAAGUCAGUUCUUGAGUUUUAUGUGUUGGAAGCAGGAAAAAUGUGCAAGCGAAAAGAUCUGAGUGACAUUGACAAGGGCCGAAUAGCAAUGGCUAGACGACAAGGUCACAGCAUCUCCAAACGCCAAGUCUUGUGGGGUGUUCCCAGUAUGCAGUGGUUACCUACCCAAAGUGGUGCAAGGAAGGACAGCUGGUGUCAGGGUCAUGGGCGACCAAGGUUUAUUGAUGCCUGUUUGGUCUGAUCACACAGAAGCGCUACGUUAGCUCAAAUUGCUUAAAAAGCAUAAUGCUGGCCACUAUUGAAAAGUGUCAGAACACACAGUGCAUCAAAGUUUGCUACAUAUGGGGCUGCGUAACUGCAGAAAGGUCAGAGUGCCCAUGAUGAGCCCUGUCCACGGCCAAAAGCACCUUCACUGGGUAUGUGAGUAUCAGAACUGGACCAUGGAGCAAUGGAAGCAGGUUGCCUUGUCUGAUGAAUUACGUUUUCUUUAAGGAAAGGUAGAUGGCUGGAUGCACAUGCUUUGUUUGCCUAGGGAAGAGAUAACAGCACCAUGGGAAGAAGGCAGGCCAGCGGAGGCAGUUUUAUACUCUGGGAAACCUUAAGUCCUGGAGAUUUUGCUGAACAUGUACACCUCUUCAUGACAAUGGUGUUUCCUGAUGGCAGUGGCCUCUUUAAGCAGGAUAAUGUACCUUGCAACACUGCAAAAAAUGUAAAGGAAUGGUUUGAGGAACAGGACAAAGAGUUUAAGGUGUUGCCUUGGCCUCCAAAUUCCCCAGAUCUCAAUACUAUUGAGCAUCUGUGGGAUGUUCUGGAACAACCAAUUCAAUCCAUCGAAUCCCCACUUCUCAACUUGCAAGGCUUAAAGGAUCUACCGAUAAUUUCUUGGUGUCGGAUACCACAGGACACGUUCAGAGGUCUUGUGGAGUCCAUGUCUCAAAGCAUCAGAGCUAUUUUGGCAGCAUAAGGGGGACCUACACAAUAUUAGGCAGGUGGUUUUAAUGUUGUGGCUGAUUAGUGUAUACUACCCUCUCAUCAGUCUGAGUGUUUUCCUCAUCGUAUCACUGGGGGGGCUGCCAGUGAGGGAAUUUAAGAGUUUGACAUUGCUUCUUCAAUGAAAGAAACCUGUUUUUAUAAAGUAGUAUAAGGUAUCUCUUUUUUCUUCUUCUAUAUAAAAAAUACUUUUUCCAAAUUCAUUAUAUUUCCAGCUCAACUAUUUUGGUGUCUUUUUUUUUUUUUUUUAAUUCAUAGAUUGAUUUCUCAAAACUUAGUCUAUAACUUUGAUGGAAGAGCUUUUCCGGUGGAAGACACCCAUAUUCUAAAUAAUCAGUGUCCAUCUUAUUUUAAGCUAACGCAUAUUAAGUUGUACAUUCAAGUCUUAUUGCUCUAAAACUAUUGCAAUUCAUUAUAUAAUUUUACUUCUUUGCUAAAUAUUUGUAAUGGAAAUUGAGAAACUGUUUACCAUCUAUCUAUACACUAUACUGAACCUCUGUUUUCUUUAACGUGCAUGGUUGAAAUUACCAUACAGUAAACCAGAGACUUGCAUUUAAGGCACUUUAUUGGUUUCUGUAUUGCCAAACCUGUAGAGUGUAGCAACUAACUAAUUAUUCUUAGUCUACAUAAAUAACUUGCAAUAUUCUUCUUUUUAAGGAUAUAUUUUCUUCCCUGGGAAUUCUAAUGGCUGCAGUCCAUACUUGGAAUCAUAAUCAGCCCAACACACAUACGAUCUUGGAGAAUCGACUGAAAUUAUUGGUAUAACACAUCAGGUUAUAUAGGUAACUUGUCAUGUCUCAUUACCUCACAUUAUACCGAAUCAGAAAGUAUUAUGGACAUUAGUCAAAGAUUACUUAUUCUCACUAGACAGACAUUACACUUAAAGGACCACUAUAGUGCCAGGAAAACAAACUCGCUUUCCUGGCACUAUAGUGCCAUGAGGGCGCAUUCGUCUAUAGGAAAGCAUUCUCAAUGCUUUCCUAUGAACGCUGGCGUCUUCUCACUGUGAAAAUCACAGUGAGAAGCGCGGAAGCUCAUCUAGUGGCUAGAUUAACCCAUUUGUAAACAUAGCAGUUUCUCUGAAACUGCUAUGUUUACAGCAGGCAGGGUUAAUCCUAGAUGGACCUGGCACCCAGACGACUUCAUUGAGCUGAAGUGGUCUGGGUGCCUAUAGUGGUCCUUUAACUUGACAUUAAUAAAAAGAAUUAAUGUAAUCGACUAUAACGGCCAACUUGACAGAGUUGCCGGUUUAUUUAUGUUUGUUCCAUAAAAUAUUUACUGAAUGGGAAACAACUGUUAGGAGCGAAUUUAGGUGCAUAGUUAUUUGCGUAAGCAAGUUAAAUAAAUUCUAAUGUUGUUUUUAUAUAUGAAUGAUAAUUUUAAGCAGCAUUGAGCAGUAAAAGACAGAAUGGAUGCUGAGUACAAAGUGACGGGUUGGUUAUCCGAUUUUAUCCUAUCACUCUUGAAGGUUCUUUUACAAGUAUCUUGAUUCAUUGCCUGCUGCAUGUGUGAAGUUACCAUUUAGACAGUUUAAUUACGUUUUCCAUUUUAAAUUGCUGUAUUUAUUCAGUAAGUGAUACAUCAUUAAUGUGUAUAAAUGGAGGCAUGGAUAGCAAGAAAAUAAGAAAUAAUAAUGUUUCUCAUUCAAAUAGUCAAAUAAAAACAACUUGAACCCUUCGUACCAUUGACAAAUACUGAGAAAUAAUAUAUUUUGGGCAGCUAUGAUAGAUUAAGUGUAAUAUCUCUAGUGCAUGUUCAGACCUCUGGAUCUUUUUGUCAGAGUUUUUCUCUAAAAGACACAUACAAGACGCAGUGAAAAAAGCCAUAGAUCUGCUCAUUAUUCUUUGUUUAGCCAUAUAUAUAUUUUAUAUAGGCUAGAUUGUCUUUAGUAUUAUCAUUUGUUUCACAGUGUUAGGCCAGUAACACUUCCCUCUAAACCCCUUCAUAUCCAACUCAGGGGAGGAGGUACUGUAGUAUUAGCCUACCAUAUCCAGUGAUCAUUUUUAUAUAAUAUCUAAAAUAACUUUUUUUUUUAUUUGUUAUUAACAAUUAAUUUUAUUUUAUUUUUUUGCAGUUUAGUUUCACAAGGUUGUAAACAAGAUGAAUCGGCCCAAAGCAGCUGCCGUGCGCAGGCCAAGUGCCCAGGCCAAGUCAUCAGGUUGGUUUGCCUGCAAGAGAGAGGGACAAAUGUUUCACAAGUUAGAUAAGACCUUGGUCAAUUGGAACAAUAUCUUGGUGACAGUAUUGUCACAUGCACACCAUAAAAGACAAAACACAAAUUCCAGGAAAAGUGUUUAUAUAAUAAGGUUCAUAAUAUUUAGCAGUGCACAAUCUUUUCUCAUGUCUUUUUGUAUUUUUUUUUCUUUUUAAAUGACAUGUAGGUCAUCCACCUCCUGGAGAUUUUAUUGCUUUGGGAUCGAAAGGCCAGAGCAGCGAGUCCAAAGCACCAACCAAUCUUUUGAAGCCCACAUCUUCUGGUAUAACCUCUGAACGGAAGAGAGAGGCUUCCUCAACAUUGUCUUCUACAUCAACACUGACUGGGCUCACUAAGCGCCCCAAACUUUCUUCUACUCCCCCUCUUAGUGCAUUAGGACGACUGGCGGAAGCUGCUGUAGCAGAGAAACGAGCUAUCUCUCCGUCAAUAAAAGAACCAUCAGUUGUUCCAAUUGAAGGUGCCUGUUUAAUCUGUUGUUUACUUUUCAUUGGAUUGUUUUGUCUUCAUUUGUCUUGCCACCGUUGAACUAACUUAUUCCGUAAACAGUCCUCAUUUCUUUAUCUAGCAUUUCAAUUUUCUUGGCCUUGUAUAUCUUGUUUUCAAGGCUAAUGAGAAUGUUUCAGGUUAUUGUAUGCAUGAUUUCUUGUUAUUUUUCUGUUGCUACAAUUUGAAAUAAAUAGGACUUUCUUUUAUUAUUAUAUUUUAAUAAAAAUGCUACUCCCUUAUCAAUGGGAGAAACCAUAUUCUAAUCGGCGUUCCCUCUAAGAACUGUUUUUUUUUGUUUUUGGGGUUUUUAAAGAUUUAAGAAUAAUUAUCUUUCAUUAAAAAAAUUGCAUAGCCCUGGUUUUUAGUUACAGGCAAAACAUGCUGUCGCUGAAAAACAAAAUUAUAGGUCCUUGUCUUUUAUUAUCUUUUGUUCGCGAUAAUGUAAUGGUAUUCCAUUCUAUUUUCUCUAUCUUCUCUUAGUUCCUCCUGCUUCGCUACUGGAUGACAUAGAGGCUUCAGAAUCUGAUGGAAAUGAUGACCGAAUUGAAGGUGUUUUGUGUGGGGCAGUGAAGCAGUUAAAAAUGAACAGAGCCAAACCAGACCCCACGUUGUACUUAAGCUUGAUGUUCCUGGCCAAAAUAAAGCCCAAUAUUUUUGCCACUGAGGGUGUAAUCGAGGUGAAUAUUAUUACCAUUUCCCUUUUUUUUAUUGAUUGAGCUUUAUCGGGUAUGGCCUAAGAUUGAUGCCAAUAACUCAAACUACCCAUGGCACAGUUGUAACAAUAAACCAUUGUUACAAAUUUUCAUAAUCUUAAGCAGUUUUGUUGCUAUUUUUGCCUUUGGACUCAUUGCCCUCUGUCUUAAAGACUCCAGCAGUUCAAUGCCUUCUUUGAGACCUUUCCCUAGCAGUUCAAUGUUAGGGGUCAAUCUUUCUCUUUUCCUUUUAGCUGUAAUCAAAUUUCCGCAGAUCUUAUAAUCGAACAGACACACAACAAAGCUCCCUCUCUAUCGGCACAAAGCAAAUAUGGAGGGCCAGCACUCCACUCAAGAUAUUGGUGCAAAUCUCCAAGGUCUCCUUCCAAUUACUUCACAAACGGUAGUAAAAAACCAAUAAGGAGCCACAACACCAAAGCAGAUGACAAAGAAAUUUAUUCCACCUGCGUGGAACCAGGAACAGUUCAACCAAUCCUCUGGGUCUUUUUACUUGAGAAAGACCUUGAGGUUGGGUUGGAACGUUUUCGGUUCUACACAGGUGGAAUAAAUCUCUUUGUCAUUUACUGUGGUGUUGCAUCUCAUUAUUGUUUUUUUUACUACCGUUUGUGAAGUAAUUGUGUUUUAUUUUUUCUAUCGGCAGUUUGCCUUCUCCGCUAACACAUCAUCACAAUGAGGUCUUCUAAAUCAAAUGAGCAUAAACAAAAACCCCAAGUAGAGUCCAAGUGUGUAGGACCAUUUCUAUAAACCGAGUAAUGUUGUUUAUGUUUUUAUCAACAACUUAAUUCAAAUGUAAGUGUUUUGUUAUUAAAUUGACACUGUCAUAUUUCAGGCUCUAUGUAGCUUGCUAAGACGAGAUGCCACCAUAAACUUCAAAGCCAAAGGAAACAGCCUGGUGUCUGUGUUGGCCUGUAACCUGCUCAUGGCAGCAUAUGAAGAAGAUGAGAACUGGCCGGAGAUUUUUGUGAAGGUAGGCAUAACUUCAGAACUUUAUUUUCUCACUCUUUCUAGAUGAUUGCAUUUCUUGCAUUUCUUAAUUCUAACUCCAUAACUAAUAGUAAAAUCUAUCGAGGAGCCUGGAAAACUUCUAUAUGAGAUUUGGCGAUGUAAAGAUGCUAAGCAGUUUCCAGAAAAGUUACAUUGAUUCUUCUUCUAAGAUGGAUUCUUACAGAAAAGAUACUAUUCACGAACAGUUCCUUAAUAUUCUUUAUUCUCUUUCAGAUUUUUUUUCCCCAGUGAAUGUUGUUUAUUUCCUUAAUUUGCCUUACGUUACACAUUUUUCUUGCAGGUCUACAUAGAAGACUCCUUAGGAGAGAGAAUCUGGGUAGAUAGCCCCCACUGCAAGACUUUUGUUGAUAAUAUCCAGACUGCAUUCUGCACUAAAAUGCCCCCAAAGAGCAUGGUCUUACAUGGAGAGAUUGGAAAAACAGGGGGUGACCUCAGUGCCGGUAGGAACUUUGUUAUUCUUUAGGCAUCCAAACUGUGCACAGACCUGUUAUUUAUUGCUAUAGGUAUUUACCACAUCAUUUAAUUCAUAAGUAUCAGACACAACGGGUGGAAAUCUGCCAGAAUUAAGAAUCUCUCAGGCACAUCUAUAACAUUGUAUGCGGCUUUUUAUUUAUCAUGAAAACACUACAGGAUUAUACAGAGAGAAUUCAAUGUGAAUUUAAGGUUAAAGUAACUGAACUGAAAAUAUUCUAAAAGUCAGCUAUGCUCCCGGUUUGGCUACUUUGACCAUCAAUUUAAAAUUCACUUUAAAUCCUCACUUUAGUAAAUAACCCUGUAGUGGUUUUUGACCUGUAAGAAUAGGGUUCAAAUUUUAACGUUUAAUUGUGAUGCAAAGUUCUCAUAUGUAUUCUCAACCAAGCUGGUAACUCUAAGUUGACGGGACACCAUGUUUGUAUCUAUCACGGCAAUGCUUUGUCUCUAGGUAAUCACUCCAAUUAUACUGUUUACAUAUAUAGAAAAUGAGCACAGGCUAUUUUUGAGGCUACAUUUUAAAAGCCAGAAUCAAAAUGUUUCCAGAUCCACCUGGAGUCUUAGACCUGUUUAAAAUGUGAAUUGUGCCCUGUGGUUUUUAUUGCAGGCAGCAGUCCUCACCCAUCCCUGACAGAGGAAGAAGACAGCCAAACUGAGCUUCUGAUUGCCGAGGAGAAGUUAAGCCCUGAAGAUGAGGGACAAAUCAUGCCUCGGUACACUGAGUUUGUAUUUUGUCUCUUGGAAAUUUAAAGGAAAAGCUUUGUAGUUAUACACUGUAUCUAUACUUUAUGGAAAAAAUGUCAGCAAAGGCAUAGUUUGAAAGAUAGACUUCCAUGAAGAUCAUAUAUGACUUUCCCAAAAUGAUCACUGCCAUGAGCUUACAAAGCAUACAUGUCUGCCCAUGGGGUCUAUAUUUUUUGUUAUUUAGUCAACAGAAGUGCCAGUGAAAGUAAAGGUAUCCAUAGUUGUAUUUAAUAUUAAGGGUAUUCGGUAUGUUUUUGUUCCUUUGCACGUUUUUUAGCCACUUUAAAAUUGCACUUUUGGCUUAUUUAUCAUGGUGGUGUCCAUUUUAAUCAAGACUCCUGGACAUUCUAGCUGUCUGCGUUUCAAUGAAGAAUUGGUUGUGGCACGUUUUGUGUUUGUCAUACCCAGGUACGAUGACUUGGCAGAGGGCGUGGAGGAAUAUGUGCUGGACAUGCUACGUGACCAGCUCAACCGUCGCCAGCCAAUGGAUAAUGUUUCCAGAAAUCUCCUUCGCUUGCUUACCGCCACUUGUGGCUACAAGGAGGUGCGGCUCAUGGCCGUGCAGAGACUGGAAAUGUGGCUGCAGAAUCCGAAGGUAUGUUUAUAGUUUAGUAGACACACAGUUAUUUAAUUUGUUUGUUUUGAUGACACUAAUGAUGUUUUUCCUGUAUACACAUAACAAAAUAAUCCCCAUCUAUAUCAUCCAACACGAGUCAUCAUUCCCUCUCAUGGGUACACUGCUAUUCCAACAAGAACUACAGCUAUUGUGUACUUCUGUCGGGUAACAUCACACAGUGAGCAGUUAAACAGCUGCAUUAAAGUUAUCCAUAUUUCUUUGGUAGGGUUACGUAAACUUAUGUACCAAACAGAUGGGGGCUAUUGUUUGAAAGUAUCAGUCAGUCAAACAAUUCUGCCAUUGAUUAGUCUUUUUUUUUUUUUUUGCGCACAGAUAUGGGAUGCCUAACUUUCACUGUAUUAUUUAAAUUAUAGAAGGGUAUUACUGAAUGUUCAUAUCUGGGGAACAAAUAGAACUCUAUAGAUCAGGUUUGCCCAAAAGAUAGACCCCAGGUGUUUUAAAACUACAGCUUCCAUGAUGCUUUGUCAUUCCAAAGGCAUGCAGAGCAUCAUUGGGGUUGUAACUCUACGACAUCUGGGGAUCAGCCUUUUGGGCACCUCUGCCAUAGAGCAAGUAAAUGGACUGUUAAUGUUUCUAUAGCUAUCAUACCUUACUGGCCAUGUUUUUUAUUUAUUCUCCUUUCUUUUCCUUUAAUGCCAGCUCACGCGUCCAGCUCAGGAUUUGCUAAUGUCUGUAUGCAUGAACUGUAACACUCAUGGGUCCGAGGACAUGGAAGUGAUUUCCAACCUAAUUAAGAUCAGACUGAAACCAAAGGUUCUACUCAAUCACUACAUGCUGUGUGUUCGGUAAGCUGCCCCACAAAGCUUUUUCACUACCUGAGUGUAAGAUGACAUUUUAUUAAAUCACCCAGGUCGUUAUUACUGAAUACUACUUUUUACAUGUUGUCCUUUUUGAAGAUUAAAACACAUUUUUAAUUUUUUUCUUCUUUUUUUUGUUUUGCACAAUAGUGAGGUCUUGACAAUGUGUUUGUAGCCUGUGUGGCCAGAUCUUUUUGGUGAAGCAGUGUAGUAUUAUCAACGCACCUUCCAAUUGUCCUGUUUUAGGUUUCCAUGGUAAUUGCUACAUUUGGCCUUUAGACUUGUUUUCCCCUUGGAUCCAAAGAUCAGGGCUUAGCCUUCUGCUAGGCUAUUCUUUGUACGUUUACAAAAUUCCAUCCAUUUUUCCACCACUUCUCCUACUCCUAGUAAUGGAAAUCUCUAGAGGAGCAGAAUCGGUUAGCUCUAUGAUUAUGACUCCAUAUGUUGAUUGGAAUAAUUCCUAUUUAGUGAUGUCCCGAACGGCUCGCCGUGGACUCAUCAUUGAGUAAACUUUGACCCUGUACCUCACAGUCAGCAGACACAUUCCAGCCAAUCAGCAGCAGACCCUCCCACCUCCUGGACAGCAUCCAUUUUACAUUCAUUGUGGAGCUGCAUUCUUAGUGAGCUGUCCAGGAGGUGGGAGGGUCUGGGAAGGAGGGUCUGCUGCUGAUUGGCUGGAAUGUGUCUGCUGACUGUGGGGUACAGGGUCAAAGUUUACUCAAUGAUGAGUCCGCGGCGAACCGUUCGGUGAACCGUCCGGGACAUCACUAUUCCUAUUAAAUAAUGACAUGAUGUCUUAGUAUGGUGAUCAGUCAAGUCAGAUGGUCCAUUUAGUUUAUAUCUAUUGUAAAAGUACAGACUUAAAUUUAUCUCUUGCAUCUACCUAAAGACAUCUUUAAUCCUGUCAUUGUUUUAGUCUUGACUGUUUCUACCAGAAGGCUAUUCCAUGUAUCUGCAUCUUUCUCUAAAUCAUAACUUUUUGACAGUACACCUAAAUUUAUUUGAAACAAGUGUAAUUUUUUUUCUUUUCAGUGAACUGCUGAAUGCUCACCGAGAUAAUCUAGGCACCAUGGUGAAGUUUGUGAUUUUUAAUGAGCUUUCCAAUGCCAGGAAUCCAAACAACAUGCAGAUCCUGUACACAGUGUUACAGCACAGCUCUGAGCUGGCACCAAAGGUAUAUCAUAUUUAUUGCCUUAUAACAUCAUAAGAUGUCAAGGUCUAUGUAUCAAUAUAGUUGAUGCACCCACCUCUGUUGGGAACUCCUCUCCCCCUUCUCGCAACUUCCAUUCAGUGGAUGCUCUGGGGUACCUGGUAGUCUAUUGGAGGGAACAAGAUGACCACUCAUGGUCCAGGUUUUGUUGGUGUACAGAGUUAAGCACCUGAGUCAGUUUGGGCUUUUGUAGGUCAUGGUUGCACAUGGAACCCCUACUGGCAUUCCUAUUGUUGAACUAAAUGGAGUAUGUCAUGUAACUUUUUUUCUCUAUCAUCCAGUUUUUAGCCAUGGUUUUCCAAGACCUCCUUACAAACAAAGACGAUUAUCUCAGAGCAUCUCGGGCGUUACUUCGAGAGAUCAUCAAACAGACAAAGCAUGAGAUCAAUUUCCAGGCUUUCUGCCUUGGACUAAUGCAGGAGAGGAAAGAAGCUCCAUUCACAGACAUGGAGUUUAAGGUAAAAUGUUUUAUUUUCGUAAAAUUCCUCUCUGAUGAACCUUUGAUUCCCUGUAGAAGAGUAAAUAUUAUUCAUUUCUUUUUUUUAUGUGUGUGGUAAAUAGUUUUUGCUUCAGCUGGGACUGUUUUGCGAACGCACUAAUUAUUUGUAGGCUUGCUGCUACCUCCUACCCUAACCUUCUGUUUGCUUUCCUAGGAGCGCUUCGUGAUGCACAUAACUGACCUACUGGCUGUUUCCAUGAUGUUAGGAAUUACAGCUCAGGUGAAGGAGGCUGGCGUUGCGUGGGACAAAGGAGAAAAGAAAAGUAUGUUUCUAAUCAAGAUGGUCCCUUGCUCAGGAUACCUCAACGGUCAAGUGUUCUACUGCUGUUUCCAGUUUUUGGUUCAAUCUUUUAUUUAUUUAUUACUGGCAUUUAUAAAGUGCCAACAUAUUCUGCAGCGCUGUACAAUUGGGAAAAAGACAAACACAAUAUGAAUAUACAGAUACAACAGGUAGAGGACCCUGCCCAUAAGCAUUGGGAGAUGGGACAAGAGACAAGAUUCAUUUGUAUGUGAUUGCAGAUAUAAUGAAUAGUGUAACUGCAGUAGCUGAUAACAUAUGAAGGGAAUGAGGAGGUGAUUGACUGUGCUUCCAAACAGCUGGAGGUGAAUGCUAUAUAUGUAGAAGAAACCAGGGUGGGCAGGAGGAGUGGAGGGUGGGCAGAACGAGUAACAUUAAAUGGCUUUCUUGUUGCAGGGAUGGAUGUGGGUUUAGAUCUAAGGAAGAGCGACAGGACAGUUACUUAAAAAGAAUUUAAAACUGACAGUGGCAAGCGGGGGUGGAGGAAUAGAGCAGGCUAGCUAUUUGUUAUAAACAAAUAUUUACCAACCAAAAAUCUAACGGCCAGAUUAUUAAUAACUUCAUGUAACCGCAAGUACAAAAUAUUACAGUAAUAAACUAUAUGUAACAAUGGUAGAAUCAUUAUAGUAAAGUAAUAAUCCAGUAACAAAAUGAAAGAAGUCCGGUUGAAUGUACCUUUUAAAGCUGCAGUGUUCCAAAAUAAAUUGCCUUUUUGUUGCAGGGAACAACAAGAGGACAUAGUCUUAAAUUAGAGGGACAAAGGUUUAAAAAUAAUACUAGGAAGUAUUACUUUACUGAGAGGGUAGUGGAUGCAUGGAAUAGCCUUCCAGCUGAAGUGGUAGAGGUUAACACAGUAAAGGAGUUUAAAGGGACACUACAGAUUUGUUUUCCUGGAGGUCCCCUCUCCCUCCCACCUCCCAUCCCAUGUUGCUGAAGGGGUUAAAACCCCUUCAGUGACUUACCUGAGACCAGUUUAGGGUCCGCCCACGCUCCUCCCGUGCCAACGUCAGCCGGCGGGGGAGACCGAUUGCGCAUUAGUGCUUUCAAUGCUUUCAUAUGGGGAUUUUAGCGACGCUGGAGGUCCUCACAUAGCGUGAGGACGUCCAGCGAUGCUCUAGCACAGAAAACCUGUGCUAUAGACCAGGAAGUGCCCUCUAGUGGCUAUCUAGUAGAGGAGGAGUUAACCCUGCAAGGUAAUUAUUGCAGUUUAUAAAAACUGCAAUAAUUACACUUGCAGGGUUAAGGGUAGUGGGAGUUGGCACCCAGACUACUCCAAUGGGCAGAAGUGGUCUGGGUGCCUGGAGUGUCCCUUUAAGCAUGCGUGGGAUAGGCAUAAGGCUAUCCUAGCUAUAAGAUAAGGCCAAGGACUAAUGAAAGUAUUUAAAUUAGGCAGACUAGAUGGGCCGAAUGGUUCUUAUCUGCCGUCACAUUCUAUGUUUCUAUGUUUGGGUCUUUACAGCUGCAGUGUUCCAAAUUAAAUGGCCUUCUAGUUGCAGGGGAGGAUGUGGGUUUGGGUCAUCACCCUCUUUCUGUCAUGUUUUAUUCCAGGGUCUGUUCUUUAAGUUUGUCUAAAAUAUAUUUAUUCUUCUUCUAUAAUUAAUGGUUGCAAGCUCUGUCAUAUUGCGAAAGGAUGUUUAUUAAACUGUAAACUCUGGAUACUAUUCCUUGCAGAGAAUUCUAAACUGUCAAAGCCUGAUCGAUAACCAGGGUGGCAAGUAGCACAAUUGUGGAUUGUUGAGAUAGGUAGUGCCUUCUCACAUGGGUAAAAUACAGCUUUGUUUGUCUGCUGUUUGUGUAUUUAUGAUCUAUUUAUACAUUCAUGAAUUUUUUUAUUUUUUUUUAAGGUUUGGAUCUCCUGCGCUCUUUUCAGAACCAGAUUGCCGCCAUCCAAAGAGAUGCCGUGUGGUGGCUUCAUACUGUGGUUCCAUCCAUCAGCAAGUUGUCCCCUAAGGAUUAUGUGCAUUGGUAUUUUUUUUUCUUUAAUUUCCUGCAAUCUGUUAAUAAAUGAAGAUCCCUUAAUAUUUUUGUAAAAAGUCCUGUGUUUGGCCACAAAUCAAAAGAACCCUUGAGUAAGUGUAAGAGAAAAAGGAUAGAUCUAAUAGUUGGUCAAGCUCAGCCCUAAAAAUUAUUUAAUUGCCAGGCCGCUGAGAUAGCUCAGUUGUCUAAAGCCUCAUUAGUAAUGCUGGCAGGGUUGACUCAGCCCUUCAUCCUUCCAAGGUAGAUAAAACGAGUACCAUUACAUUAGGUAAUAGUAACAACCCCUGGAUGUUGGACUACGGUAAGAUACCCAUGACGUUCUUGAAAACCAAGGUAAUCUGAAUGUACCUUUCUUGGUUAAAUACUUUGUUAUUAUUAUUAUUAUUUGGAAAGAUAUGAGGAAAUAGCAGAAUUUUCAUUUUAACUUGAUACUUUCCGAUAACCUCCCACCCUUGAUUAAACAUCACUUUUUUUUCUUCUUUUUAACACUAUAUAAAUCCACUUGCCCAAUGUGUUUUGUUCUUGUUACUUAUACAUUUUACACCCCAGUAUUGUUCCUUUUUGUACCUUGCAGCCUGCACAAAGUACUCUUUACUGAGCAACCAGAAACCUACUACAAAUGGGACAACUGGCCACCAGAAAGCGAUCGCAAGUAUGAACAUGUUUUAAAAGACUAAAAGUAAAAAUGUUGUGCAAUUUAUAUGUAAAGGGAAAUUACCAUAAAAACACUCAUAAUAUUAUCCUAUUUUUCUUUUCAAUGUCCUCAUACCUUGAAAUUGUGUGCAACUCUUUGCCCAGAGAUUUUAUGAUGUGGGCAGAAUUGGGGCAGUGCUAACAUGUGGAAGUGAUCAUAAUAAUAAAAAAAAAAGUAGGCACACAUGACCACGAAGGGGCAAAGUCUGUUUCUUCCUACCCGCAUGCCAUAGUGCACACUGCUCCAAAUUUUUUGUGAAUUUAGUACCUAACUAUAUAUUUUUUUUUUAUCACAAAAUUUAUCAUGUUUUUUUCUCUUCAAACAAGUUUUUUCCUUAGGCUCUGUUCAGAAGUGCCACUCCUAGAGGACACAUUGAUGCGCAUUCUCGUCAUUGGCCUAUCACGAGAUCUUCCACUGGGUCCUGCUGACGCCAUGGAACUUGCUGAUCACCUGGUGAAGAGAGCAGCUGGCGUGCAUGCUGAUGGUAUGUGGUAUAAAUCUGAUUGGUUUGUUGGAGAGGAAUGCAUUCGCUUGCUGUUCAUUGUUUUUACCCUCUUGCAGAACACAAAAGCUUAAGUAAUUCAGUAAGUAUUAGUAUAAUAAAAUUCCCAUCAUACGUUGCUAGAUUUUGGGUACUCUUUUAUACCAUUCUAAUUAAAAGAAGGUCUGCCACUCUGCUUGUGGACCAAAUGUGAAAAAUAAAAGGGAGUGCUUACUGUUGACUGAUUGGUCACAUUUUAUACUGCUGCUUUAGGGUUCUAUUGGAUCAGUCCUGUUAUUCAGACAGGUAGGGGGCAAUCCUGGAUUAAAAGUGCAUGACCUGGAGCAGAAAAGUUGUUGAAUCUUCCUAAAAAGAAGACAAACUUGCUUGAAAGAGAUCACCCCAAAUAUAAAUACAGCUUUUAUAUUUUUUUUAUUAUAAUGAUUUAUUUUUAUUUUAAGGAUUUUUUUUUUUUUUUUCAGUGAGAAACGGUGACAGGAAGGGAGUAAAACUCCAUACAACUUUCCUUGCUCAAAACACCGCAGGUCUCACCUAGAGCCUCACAAUCCUCUGCCAAUCCCUGAGACUCUGGAUAAAACCUGGCAGAUUUCCAGAGAUAAUGUAUUUACUGUACUCUGCAGUCUGCAGUGUAUAGGAAUACAUAUAGUGUGUUGGGGGUAUACACAUAAUACAAGUAAAAUGAAAUCAAAGAGAUAUAAUCUUAAAGGGACACUAUAGUCACCAGAACAACUACAGCCUAAUGCAGUUGUUCUUCUGAGUAUAAUCAUUGCCUUCAGGCAUUUUAAUGCAAACACUGCCUUCUCUCUGUUUACAUUUCCCCCCCUAGGGACACCCCCAAGUGGCCACUCCUCAGAUGGCCACUGGAGGUGCAUCCUGGGGUAGUGCUGCACAGUAGGCUGCACUGCCAUUCAGCGUCUCCAUGCUCUGCACGGGGACGCUGAAUUUUCCUCAUAGAGAUGCAUUGAUUCAAUGCAUCUCUAUGAAGAGGUGCUGAUUGGCCAAAAUGGUGUUUGGCCCCGCCUCCUUGCUGAUUUUUAUUUUUUUUUUAUUUUUUUUAUUCUUUAUUUUUGCGUGCAUAUAGGUAACAAUGAUGCAUUCUUGGCAACAACGGCACUUAUUCAUAGUGUCAACUGACAUGUAUAACCUAUAUAGCUUUCAUCGUUGCACAGUUUUAUAAUAUAAGGUUAACUCUAGAGAAGAAAAAAACUUUGUAAUCGUAUCCUUAGUGCCCUUUGUGAGGGUGAUGUGAGCGUGGUGCUGCUCUCUAUGUGUCUGCCCCGGAGGGCUACCCCCUUUGCCUUUGUUCAAGAUAGGCGUUAUCUAAGUGGCCCGCAGUGUAUCGGCAGGGGGGGGCUGAGGGUGUCGUAGUGUAAUGCGAGUUAGUGAUAGCGUUGCUUGGUAAGCAUCUGCCACCCUGUGUGGUCACUCGUGGUAUGUUGUGACGGUUUGCGCAGUCCAGUUGCGUCAGUCCCUAGGUGUUGCGGUUUAUAUGGUGGUGGCAGUGUUGGUUUUACUAUGUGUGAACAUAUUAGAAAACACAAAAGAAAAUGUUAAAGAGAAUAUUAAAGAAGACAUGAAAAAGGUGUUGGUGGUUCUGCUGGGUUUGAGUCUCUGACUGGAUAAGACGUUCCGUCUGCGUGGAUGGUGGAAUGUAAAGUAAGGGAGAGUCACUAUACGUUGGCUUGUCGGUGGUUGCUCAAGUGGGCGAUCCGCCUGGGGAGGUUCUGGAGGAGUUCCGUGGGGCAAAGUCCCGUAUGUUAUCUGGGUUCAGUUGGGCUAGCUCCGUCCGGACGCCGGUGCCGCUUGAAGGAUACCUGUUGCUUGCAGGUGAGUUUCCAGCUCUUGUUUGUCUUGCGCCUUAUAUGUAGUCCUGUUGAGAGUGAAUGAUACGGCACGAGGGGUGCCCCAUCUGUAUGGGAUUUCUCUGGCCCGAAGAUGGUGCAGGAGGGGUUUAGGGCUUUUCGCCAGGCUAUUGUGUUCCUGGUCAGAUCUGGGAAUGCUGUCAGUGAUGCCCCUUCAAACAGUAAGGGAGUUUUUCCCCGCAGUGCAGUCACAAGCGAGUUCUUGUCAGCUUGCGUUUGGAACCUCAGUAUGAGGUCUGCCGUUGCCGCUGUCGGUGCUCGGGGUGAUUUCGGCAACCUGAACAUGCCGUCCAUUUUCAUGGUUUUUGCCCGCUUCGGCGGGAGUAGGACUUCGAGGAGGCGCCUGAUGUAAUGGGGUAAGUCAUCCAAGCUUACUGACUCCGGUAUCCCCCUCAGCUUUAAGUUGUAGCGUCUUCUUUGGUCCUCUAUGGUAUCAAGCCUGUCAUUGGUAGCGGUUUGCCAUUUGACCAGGUCUGUGACUUUCUGUUCGAUUGCAUGAAGCCUUGUGUCAUGGGUGCUUGAGCUGGCCUCUAACUGUGCGAUUUUUGUCGUGGCGCCUUCAAUGGCCUUUCUAUAGUGGGCCAUGUCUGCCGCCAAAUCUUUGCGGAGUUCCGCCAGCAUUGUCUUGAGUUGGUAGGCUGUGACCGGGUCCCCAGAUUUUGGGGGUACCUGUCUGCUAUCCGGUGGUUGCCUGUAGGAUGCACCUUCCAGGAUGUCGGUGGCGAAAUCCUCCGACGAGUAGGAGGAAAGGUCGUCUUGCUGCGCCAUUUUGGGCCAUGCGGCCUGUUGCGAGAGCCAAAGCAUCUCGCCAAUGUCCCUCCCGUGGGGGCUUUUUUCGGCUUUUGCCUUCUUAGAUUUCCUGCCCAUGGUCUUUUAGCCCGUGCUUGGGUGGUUUGUGAGGAGGUUAUGGGCCCGUUUUCCACCAUAUAUCUCCGAUUUUAUACAGGUCAGAGACGGAGCUCCAAGAAAUGCGUCCUCUCAGUUGCUCAGUCGGCUCCGCCCCCCCUCCUUGCUGAUUUUAUCCAGUGCUUUCCCUGUGGGGAGGGCAAGCCACCUAAAUGGUGAAUUAAACACUAUAGGGUCAGGAAUACAUGUUUGUGUUCCUGACCCUAUAGUGUUCUUUUAAAAUAAGAAACUGCAAGACACCCUGUAAAGACCUUCAAAAAUGCAAAUGUUUGUCCAGAGAUCUUAUGAUGUGGGCAGAAAGUACAUUGGAACAUCAAGCUUCAUGGACUCUUAAUUCAACUAGAAAAUGCAUGUAGGGAGGCAACCAUUAACAUAAACUCCAAUGAAUUGAUACGUAUCUCUUAAUAGAAAAUCAGAAAGGACUGUUGUAUGACCUAUUUUAAUAAAAUGAUAAGAAUCUCUGAUAAUAAACGUGGCAUCAUUGGCAUCAUUUUUGUUACAGUCUUGAAAAUGAAGGGGGUGGGGGGGGAAUUUCCUUUAUUAACCCCCUUGAAGACACAACUUCUGGAAUAAAAGGAAUAUUUCCAUCAUGUGUCCUUAAGCAGUUAAAUAACCAAAUGGAGGUUCACUGAAAUCCUUCAUUCACUAAUAUCAUUAUCUUUUUAUGUUCUAGACUUCGAUGUGGUUAAAAUAGAGCGGAUACAGCUUAUUGAUGCUGUACUAAAUCUUUGCACCUACCAUCAUCCUGAGAAUAUCCAGCUACCCCCCGGGUAAGCAAUGUUUACUCAUUUUUUUUAUUAUAAAUGUUAAAUAAUUUCAUGGUGGGCAUGGUUCUUUUGGUUUCCAUUGCUUCGAGUGUGCACAUCAUUUUCGACAGAUCGAAGGCACCUUCUCCACUGACACUGGGAAGAACCUAAUUAACAGAGGUGAUUUGCACACAUAAUUUAGAGUAUAUUAAAAUUGAAGAAUGGAUAACUGGGCUAAUGUUACAUUUGAAGCUCAUUCUAUGGACCCCAAUACAAAAAUAUUUUUUUUUUUUCUCUGUUUAUAACUUAGCAUUGUUCUUGAUUUAGGUAUCAGCCUCCAAAUCUUGCCAUAUCUACGCUCCUCUGGAAAGCAUGGCCACUCUUACUUGUUGUUGCUGCAUUUAAUCCAGAAAACAUUGGUAAUUAUAUAAUUUACAAUAACAUUCUAUUCAUUGUUUUCCGGAUGAUCAAACUGGCCCUUUAACUAUUCUGUAUCAAGACAGCUUGGAUUUUAACACAGACUUGCCAAAUGCUUUUUCCACAAGGGUCUCUGGAAUAGUCACGCUAGCUAUAACAGGCCCAUCACAUUAGUGUGUUUGUAUAUAGCAUGUAACCUGUUGCAUUGGGGAGCAAACAGAUUCCUCGUGCACCCACUGCAAUGCAAUGUUAAUGUAUCUUUAUGCCGGUUUCCCUAUAAAUGAGCAAUUUAUAACUGGAAACAUCUACGUGUUUUAGGUCUGGCUGCGUGGGAUGAAUACCCUACCUUGAAGAUGUUAAUGGAAAUGGUGAUGACCAAGUAAGUAAAUAUUUUGCAGAUCUGUUUAUUUCAGGCUUACCCAACUAGCACCCUGCAGCUGUUGUAGAAGUACAACUUCCAAAGCAACGUGGGAUUUGUAGUUCAGUUUCGUCUACCUGUAUUUUAUGCCCUAAUAAGACUUGUUCAGCCAAAAAAAACUAAAACGUGUAUUAUAAUUUAACAUUUUAGCAUAUACUUGCUCAUCACAAGCAGCAUGGAAAAUUAAUUUAUUUUGUGUUUUUUUUUUUUUUUUUUUCUCUUCCUCCAAAUCUAUCAGUAAUUAUUCCUAUCCACCGUGCACUGUGUCGGACGAAGAAACAAGGACUGAGUUAAUCAACCGUGAGCUUCAAAUCUCUCAGCGUGAGAAGCAAGAAAUUCUAGCAUUUGAGAGCCACCUCGCUGCUGCCUCCACCAAGCAAACAAUAACUGAGAGUAAUAGCUUGCUGCUAUCCCAGCUUACCAGCUUGGACGCCCAGUGAGUUUCCAGCUUUGUAUAUAGUGGAAUAAUAUGUAAGAGAGGUGAACAAAUGUUCGAUCCCCUGCUAUUUGCAGAACUAGAACUCGUAUGAUGCUUCGCAAGCCUUAGGUUUUUGUCCACUCCUGGUUUGUAGCUUCAUGUAUGCAACGUUUGAAAGAAUAUAUUAUAAUAGAGAUUGAGAAAAAUCAAUAAAGUCAACACAUAGCUGGACUCAAAAUUACAAGGCCUAAGGGUACUGGCCACCAAAUUUUUUUUGUUUUUUGUUUUUUUAUUCAUGACGCAUCCGUAUUGACCCAACCUCCCUGCUCUAUGUAUGUAAGUAACUAGUCACAUAUCCGAACUACCAGCGCAACUUUCAACAGAUGCAGGUUCAUGUACAGAAAGGGUAUCAAGGUAUUUUCUGUUUGCCCUGUAUUUCAGAGGUCCUCCUCGGCGCCCUCCACCUCAUGCCAUAGAGCAAAUCAAAUCCUUGAAUCAAUCCUUGCAUCUUGGUCAGCUCCUGUGCCGCAGCCGUAGUCCUGACUUCCUACUCAACAUCAUUCAAAGACAGGUGGGUGUUCCCAGAUUUCAUACUAGCAGAAUACUGCGCAACCUCUGUGUAACCUUGAGUUUUUAAUCACUGGUUCUGUGGCUGCAAUGGGGAAUAUGAAGCAUUCAAUGUACCACUAUGCUGCUAUUUAUUUUAAAACUGUAGGUUUACAUAGAUGGAUAACCUGGGAUCGAGGUUCAUUGCAUUCAUUAUUCCUUAUAACUCCUUAAUAAUCCCAUCCAUUUAAGUCUCCUUCUGCUGCCGCCUACGACAGAGAGUUUCCUUUUAGUUGUAUUACAACAGGUUAGGUUAAAAGAGCUUUCUAGGUAUCCUGCCUCAAGGGGGGGUGUGAGGGUUGUCCAAUGGAGUGAGCAGAUCUGUAGCUAUAGCAGUGGCACUCUUAGAAGAACAAGUAGAAACACGAUCAGCAUUCAACCCAGUGUUUCUCUCCCUAAAUCACCAGGGAUAGAGACAUUACUCACAGUUGCAUAACUUAUUUUUAUUCUACUAAGUCUACAGAGUUUCUUUAAGAAUGUAAAACCUUAAGGUAGCCACAGUCAUAAGAGCAUGCGUCUGUAUUGUACUGUACUGUAAUACUCAACACCGAAUGUACCUACAGACUUUUUUAUAUUGUUGUGUUUUUUUGAAUACAAAUUUUAUUUAUAUUGUUUUACAGGCUUCUUCUCAGUCAAUGCCCUGGCUUGCUGACUUGGUACAGUCCAGUGAGGGCUCCUUGGACGUGCUGCCCGUGCAGUGCCUGUGUGAGUUCUUGUUGCACGACGCUGCUGAUGAAUCUGGCGCAGGGGAAGAUGAUGAGGAAAACGAAAGCAAAGAGCAGAAAGUAAAAAAACAUCAGGUACCAGAUAAUUAACACAUUUAAAAAGAGCACAGCACUAAGCAUGCAAUAUAGUAAAAGUUUUUUUGUUUUUUCUUUCUCUAAAACUUCCAUUCGAUACAAUAGAAGCAGACUCGCAUUUUUGAUACAUUUGUCUUGAAAUCAUUGGUUGUAAGAAUAUACAAAGUCUACAAGCUAGAAGUUCUCUCUUUCCUGUUUCAGAGGCUACAGAAACAAAGGCAGCUUCUCAGACGCCUGCAGGAUUUACUGCUGGGCCCUAAAGCAGACGAGCAGACGACUUGUGAAGUUCUUGACUACUUCCUGCGCCGUCUCAGUUCUCCCCAAGUUGCUUCCCGUGUGCUUGCAAUGAAGGUAAAGAUAUUUUAAUAUUCUUAUGUUUGUGUAUUAGGAGGUGGUGUACGACCGUAUCCUGCUUUCUACGUAUUAAACAUAGUUCUGUCACCUUCUUAAAGGGUCAUUCUAAGCAUCAUAGCAAUGACGACAAAUUAUUGCAGAGUAUACCCUGCUGUCUAUCCUCUCUGAGAGUUGUUUAUAACUCCAAUGAUUUUCUAUGGAGAGAGAGAAGCCGCAGGUGGCUCUUCUAAUUGCUGCACACAGCUGGGUUCACAAACCAGCAGGCAGCUACAGUAUCCCUGCUAAUCAUUUAUAAUGAAGUCCCAGUCUUUUUAUGUGAUGAGUGGAACUACAGCUAGUGGGAUAAACAACUUAUCCCAUAGACUCCUGCUGAAGAGGGUUUUAUGGGAUACGAUCAGACUCUAUAGAACAGAAUGAUAGACUCUUGAUUGGAACCUAUUCCUGGUGGUGGAUGAGAGGGGGGAGGAGAAUCUGUCUAUUUGUAGCAGCUGUCAGCUUCUCUAAGUUUUGCUUGCUAAUUAUUUUUGCGUUUUUAAAGGGACACUCCAGGCACCCAGACCACUUCUGCCCAUUGGAGUGGUCUGGGUGCCAACUCCCACUACUCUUAACCCUGCAAGUGUAAUUAUUGUAAUUAUUAUCUACUAGACAGCCACUAGAGGGCACUUCCUGGUUUCUAGCACAGGUUUCCAGCGUCGCUCAUUUCCCCAUAGGAAAGCAUUGAAAUGCAUUCCUAUGGGGAGCGCUAAUGCGAAUGCGCAUUAGGUCUCCCCGGCCGGUGGGCGGGAUCAGUCUCGCACAUCGGCUGACGCAAUGCGGAGGAGGAAGCUGCGACGUGGGACAUCGUUGCUGCCUCAGGUAAGUUACUGAAGGGGUUUUGACCCCUUCAGCAACCAGGGAUUGGGGGGGGGGUGGGAGGGAGAGGGGACCUGCAGUGCCAGGAAAAUGGAUUGUUUUCCUGGCACUGGAGUUUCCCUUUAAGGCAUUAUCUAUAUGUUUCAUGAAAAGCAUUAUUUAAUUCUCACCCCAUUUUCCCCUUUAAAUAUAAAUCAAGAGUCAGAGGAAAAACCAUUUUAGCCUGAAACAUUGUUUAUUUUUAAUUAUUUAUUUAAUUUUUUUGUAAUUAUGUAUGGACAAAAUAUUCCAAAACAUUGACAAGCUCCACCGGCAUGAUGAUUUUACUUUUGAGUAAGGUAUGUUAGUCUUUUAGUCAAAGCUUUUUCUGUUUCGUAAUCGCUAAAAUCUAGUAAAACCUUGAUCUAGUCACCAUUUCAAGAUAUAACCAUAUUUAGUAUUGACCAUUAGGAAUCUGUUUUAAAGAAAUAUUAUUAACUCGUACUGUUAAAAAAAAAAAGUUUAUAGAUCUGUUUUAAACAAAAUGUAUGAUGUCAUGACACCAAUUUAAUCGUGAUUAUGUCUUGCCAGGGUCUGUCCAUGGUGCUUUCGGAAGAAGGCCUGCGUGAUGGAGAGGAGAAGGAACAACCCAUGAAUGAAGACUCUGGGGACUCUGAACUAAUGCAGGGCUACCAGUGGCUACUUAGAGAUUUGCCCAGUCUUCCACUAUUUCACAGUGUUAAAGGAAAUACAGCCGCAGCUUUGCAACAGGUAUGCACAAAGCAUCUUCUAACGGAGCCGGAAUUCUGUGUGACGUUACAUUAAUGGAUGUUUGUAUGUAAAACACACUAUAGCCUCCUUAUUUUUGCCUCUUUAUUUGCAUAACAUAUUUAAAGAUACCUGAUCGGAUAUUCUAAACACGAAGCUUGAAUUCAUCUGGCAACAUUUAAAACUUUCCUUUUUGAUAUACUUUAGAAGCAACUCAUGCAGCAGUUUCGAUGUAAAAAUGACACUGGUGUAUUUUUGGGGCAGUAUUCAUAUUGCACAUAUUCAGGAAUACAUUUUGUUGGUUUUCUGCCAUGUUUGUCACAGUGGGCCUCUGCACAUAUUUCCUGUCAGUGUGUCGCUUUUUGUGGCCACCUUUAUAUUUGUGAAAGUCCAAAAACUGUGAAUCCUCAGGGGAAGGCAGGUCUUUACAGGUGGUCCCCACAUGCAGAGCUGACCAGCCUACAACUGACCCUCAUAAAAAGAAAAAAAUCUCAGGCACUCACUGUGAUUGUGUCCAGGCAGGUUUGCAACGUUUCGACCUGUCAAGGUCUUUAUCAAGCAUAAAGGUCGAAAACUUUGCAAAUGAACCUGCUUGGACACAAUCAUAGUGAGUGCCUGAGAUUUUUUCUUUUUAUGGAUAUUCCGUGUGUAUUUUUGCUGACCCAUGCUCAGUAGCACCCUGGAUUGAAAUAUGGUGGCUGAGUGCGACCCUAUCUUUUUUCCAUUACAGCUGACCCUCAGUGUAGUGCGGAAUUGACAGAAAAUGAAACAGACAGAAGCAGUAUACGUCGAAAAAUCUUCUGAUUUAUUGCGUCUCCAUAUAUUAUACAAUAAUAGUAAACAGCAAGUUGUCUGUUUAAGGAGAUAAAUACGUCCGUAUACAGAUGGUUUGCAGCAAUAAAAGAAAAAAACAAGAUAAAAUACUAUCUCUAAGAAAUGGCAGGGUACUGGCACCCUUCCCAGAACACGAGAAACAACUAAAACAUCUAAAUACAUUUAGUAAUUUUCCACAGGAAAACAAAAUGGAGGCUAUAAAAUGACGUUUGACUAACAGGCUAUAUACUUUAAAUCACAUGAAACAUAAUAGUCAAUUACAUCAUUUCAUAAUUAAAUGAUAAAAAUGUUGAACCCGUGAUUUAUUUUUCGGUAAAUGAGAAAAAAAAGAAACAAAGUACAGAUUUUGAGUCAUUUAGAAUUCUGAUGAUGUUUGUUGUAAUAUCGUAUCGUAUUGUAUUUUUUUUUUUUUUUUCAGGCAAUUCACAUGGAGACAGAUCUACAGACAAUCAGUGCUUAUUUAGUAUACCUUUCCCAGCAUGCUCCAAUUGAAGAUCAAGGUCAGCACAAUGAACUCUCUCUGGUGAGUAGCCUAUGUGUAUAUCUACAAUAAAUCUAUUUUCACCAGAUACAUCUAUUGCCUAUUUGCUUUGAUUUAUCUUUUCCGCUAUUAUUUAUCUUUCUGCUGUUUCAUUGCUUUGUGGCAUUUUAACCAGCCCUUUAGUACUUAACAUGCUAAAUUCUGAGUAUAUCCUUUUGUACUAAAGGUUUUUAUUUGUGUUUUUGUCUUGCAGGACGUGGCUCGUCUCACAGUAGAACGUUCCACUCUAAUGACCCACCUUUUCUCCAAGAUAUCUUAUUGCUCGGAAUCCAACGCUGUCCUCUCUGCUCUGCUUUCCAUCUUCUUUUGCUAUGUUAGGCGUAUGCGGAAAACCAAAGAAGGGGAUGAAGUGUAUAGUUGGGUACGUAUUUUAUGCUUUUAGUUUUAUUUUUCCUUGUUGUUUUGCUUUGGGGGGAAGUGCGGUGUCCAUUACAUGUAUUGCUUUCUGAUGUUUGACAAUUCUCUUGGCCGGCACUGGGGCUUGAUGUAUGUUUGAAGUCCCAGAGACAAAGAUUUUAGAGAUGUACGACGGUUAACUAAUUUUAUCUAAUUUUACAGUCUGAAUCUCAAGAUCAGGUUUUUUUACGUUGGACCAGUGGGGAAACUGCCACUAUGCACAUUCUUGUUGUCCAUGCCAUGGUCAUUCUGUUGACUCUUGGACCUCCUCGUGGUAAGGUUUUUUCUCUCCUUAGAACAAAGUGUCUUGGAGCCUGUCUAUGUAGAUCAUGUUAAUUAGCUUAUAUACAUGCUCUUUUCUUCUCUCUAUUUGGCAGGUGAAAAUGAUUUCUAUCCUUUGCUUGACAUUUGGUUUCCUGAGAAGAAGCCCCUUCCUACAGCUUUUUUGGUGGACACUUCAGAGGAGGCUUUGCUUCUUCCUGACUGGUUAAAGCUGCGAAUGAUUCGCUCAGAAGUUCCACGUCUUGUAGAUGCUGGUGAGUUUACACUUGCAAGCUGAUUAACUGAUUCUUAACAUGUUUUAAGAAUAGAUUUUGGUUUUGUAAAAAUUUCUAAAUGAUCCUAAAUUAUAAUUUCAAAGAUGACAAAACCUAUUUUUAAAUAUCUUUUUAUUUUUUAAUUUUUUUAUUUUUCUAUUGUUGUUGUUAUUGUCACAUUAAAAGUGUUUAUUCCCAGGAAUACAAGUUAUAAAAAAUUAUAUUUUGGUAAAUAGAAUAUUGUAGAUAGAGAUGUGUGUAACGUAUGUGAAUUAUAUUACAAACUAGCAGUUCUUUAUUGAAGCGGGUGCUCCCACAAACCAGUAUCAGUAUCUGUAGAUGAUUAUUCUGUGUGAUGUGUUUUCAGCCUUGCAAGAUCUGGAGCCUCAGCAACUGUUGCUUUUCGUCCAGUCUUUUGGGAUUCCAGUGUCCAGUAUGAGUAAGCUCCUGCAGUACCUGGACCAGGCAGUGUCUCAUGAACCUCAGGCCCUGGAGCAGAAUAUAAUGGACAAAAGUAAGUCUGAACUCAAAGUGAACAGACAAAGUUUUUUGCCUAUGCUACAUACAUACAGCAGAAUACAUAUUACAUGUUAUGUCAUUACACAUAGGGUAACCGCAUGCUUGUCAAUGUUUGAUGAAUAUGAUGUUGUGUUGAACAAUUGCCGGGUCUUCUGCUCAUUUUGUGUAUAUACCUUAGAACCUAUUUUUUUUUUCCUCUUCAGAGCUGCUGGGCUUUGUCUCAAGAACAAUGCUAGAUGAUUACGGAUGAUUCUUUGCUUGAGCCACCUGCUUUAUAAACUAAUUGUGAAUUCCUUCCCUAUCAUUUUAUUGCCUACUAUAUACCAGUCAUGGCCAAUAGCUCUCAGGCUCUGGUCUGAAUGUAUUCUCCCAACAUUCAGGUGAUCUUCAAAAUCAGAAGAGGAUUGAGUCCAAAUUACAAUUGUCUUUGAAUUAGAUGUGGUAAUUGCAAAGGACAAAAUCGUAAUUUCCGCACAUUACAAAUGCAAUUAUCAAUUCCUCCACUGUUUAUAUGAUGUGAUUUUGCAAGUAGGACAAUUUAGAUGAUUACGGAUGAUUCUUUGCUUGAGCCACCUGCUUUAUAAACUAAUUGUGAAUUCCUUCCCUAUCAUUUUAUUGCCUACUAUAUACCAGUCAUGGCCAAUAGCUCUCAGGCUCUGGUCUGAAUGUAUUCUCCCAACAUUCAGGUGAUCUUCAAAAUCAGAAGAGGAUUGAGUCCAAAUUACAAUUGUCUUUGAAUUAGAUGUGGUAAUUGCAAAGGACAAAAUCGUAAUUUCCGCACAUUACAAAUGCAAUUAUCAAUUCCUCCACUGUUUAUAUGAUGUGAUUUUGCAAGUAGGACAAUUUGUAUGUUGUCUGUUACAGAUUAUAUGGCUCACCUGGUGGAGGUUCAACACGAGAGAGGAGCAACUGGAGGCCAGACCUUCCACACCCUGCUGUCUGCUUCAAUAUCAAACCGACGAGGUAGUUACUUGUCAAUUUAUUUUUGUUUGAUUGGCUGAGAUUGAGACACAGUAACAUUUUCCCCCACGUUCUCACAUACAGGAGCUAAUAUUAGGAAUUGUGUGACUGCAGAUAUUUGUGGCCGUUUUCUCACAAUGCUUAUCUGCAAAAAUGAUAAUCACAGACUUCUACAGGUUCAUGCUUAAAAAAAAUUAAUCUUAAUUUUCUUAAUCAUACUAACUUUACAUUCAUCAAUUUUGUUUUGAGAUAAAAAAAAUAAAAUUAAGUUUCAACAGUUUUUCGUAAUGAUUUCAUGAAUCUCAAGCUACUUGCACUAAAUCUAAAUUAUGGGUAUUUUGUGCACCAUCCCAGACCACCUUUAAUACUUGUUUUGUUUGGGUUUUUUGUGCCAGAUCUUCAUUAAGACAGUGCUAUAAAGUGUGCAUGUCAUGCUGGAAUAUCGUAGCAUCACUUUAUAGAUAAUAUAAUUUUAUGUACAGUUUGUCCUUACCAAAUUGGUAGAAUAGAUUUAUGCAUACCUUAUCAAUGAGAGUUGGCCUAUAUGACCUCUGAAGGUACAAUCCAUAGAACUAGCAUUGGUCCAGGAAUAUCCCAAUACAAAUAAAAUAAAUAGCAUUAAAAAAAAAGAGUUGUGCUCAAUAGGUACAUGGCAAAAAGUUCCACUUUCCUAAAACCAAAACAAAUUAAAAUUCCUAUGAUUAAGAAUCGAAGUGACUGAAACCUAUUAGGGCAUUUUUUUUUUUUUUAUUAUCGUUACCCCGUGUAUGACCUCCGCAUACAGGUAUAAACUACAAAUUUGGCCAAAUAGUGUGAUGCAGUGCACCAUAACUUAGGGGAAAUAAAUCCGCCUAGUAACUUUUAUCGAGAUGACCUCGAGGGAUGCGGAAGUCAGUCUACACUAUUAUACUUUUUUAUUCUGUUUGCUGGCAGUCAUCACCAGCACAGAGCAUAAAUUACAUUUGUAUACCUGACUGAGACACUUUUGCGAACAAUAAGUCCUCGUUGUACUAUUCAAAAUGAGCUUCUUAUAUGUGUGUUAAUAUUUUGGUACUGACGUGGCCUAAAUCUGAGCUGAGAAAUAUAGCAUUCUUUGCUAGUCAAGCAAUAUAGCACAGAGACCAGUGCCUUCCACAAGAAAUAUGUGUUUUGUACAUUUUCUUUAUCACCCUGAUAUUUUAUCCUGUUGCCUUCAAUGAAUGAAAGUGUGGACUGUCAUCAAAGAAAAAUGCUUUAUUCUGUGUGCUUCUCAUUUAGAUCGCAAAUGACCUUUAAUGCGUUGUCUCUACCCUAGCUCUGUUUUUAUGAAUGCAGAAUAUAAAAGGGUCUCAUCUGGAUAUAUAUUCAUUAACCUCUUCUAAGAUCACUUUUCUUCUGAAGCAAUAAGGACACUCUGUCUCCUACCAAAGGCUUAUUAUCCCAUAAAUCCUAGCACAGCAGGAAUUUGUAAAUAGACCAGAAGUUUUGUGAAAUUUAGAUUAGUUAUCGUCUUUUUACAUAUUAAAUCUAUUCAGUAAAUUACAACUCCUAGAGACCUUUGCUGUGCUUUCUUUUCAAAUAUUUUUUAUUGAAAAAGUAUCUUGCAAUGUGCUCUCUGAUGAUAUGUACUGUGUUAUUAAAGCAACACUACAAAUAUUGCAUGUAAAAAGUAAUGGAAAAAGAAUAUUGGUCCAUGGAGCAAAACUGUAUUUAUUCAUUAUGAAAAAAAAUAUUUGUUAUAUGCAAUCACACUUGAUAAUGCAGACAUGUAGCUUGCUCAUUAUCAAUGCAGCUGGAUUGGGGUCAGUCUAUGAGCUCCAAAUUACAGUAUAUCAGGCAGAUAAAGAGAAAAAAACGUACCUGUAUUAAUAUUCUUACUACCGGUCUGUCGGGUGUCUCGUUCUGGGAAGUGCCUUCUUGAGGUUCCACUUUGGUUACAGUUACAGUGCUGUAUGUAUAUAAAAGUUGUUUUGGUGCUUGGAGUAUCUCUACACUGUAUAAUAUUGUUAGGAUUUGGUUUGAGUAAUUAAUGUUUUUUUGUCUACAGAAAGUACAGACACAGUGAAACGAAAGCCCGUCCCUGAAAGUCCCCCAGGGCAGGUACGAGCAAGAGCACUGACUCAAAUCCCUGUUCUGGGUCCUGAAGAUGAUCUGGCUGGAAUGUUCCUGCAGGUAAAGGAAAACUUCUACUGGAUAAUCAUAACCCCUUUUAGUAUGCAUUGUUUAAGAUCAAUGAGCACUAGAUGUUUCCUGUUUUAAUUUUUUUUAUUAUUGUGAAUGAACGGCAUUAAAAUUAGUUUUCUAGCAACUGUUACUUCUCAAUGUUUCAUAAAGAUAUAAUAUUUAUGAAAUAUUGAUGUUGAGUGCCAAGCAUUGUCCUAUAGUAAUCUAAAGAUAUAAUAAGAUAAAAUAGGGACUAGUUUGUGCAAGCCUGAGCCUGACAAAAGGCAGAGCACUGCCUUCAAAUAUUCUCCAAUACCUGCAGCUGUCACAAGUGACUUCUGUGGGAUUCAGGCAUGGUCUCACUCACUGUAGACCACAGUGCUGAACUCUCGUGGCUCCUGGCAGAUGAAGCUCCAGGAGCCAAAGAAGACCACCAGGAAGAAGAUGGUGGCGGCCACGAGGGACACCUUUCACUGGGCCCCACGGCUACGGGAACCUAACCAGAGAUGUCACCUUUUGGAGGUCUUUGCAAAGUAUGCGAAGAAAAGAAUUGUCACUACUGAUAUUUUCACUGUCCAGCCAUGACAUGUAAAUUACAUUAAAGCCACACAGUAUUUUAGAGUGGGGAUGAGUAGAUACUGAGAAGCAAGGUUAACUUAAUAAAGGGACACUUCAAUCACUAAAACCACUUCACCUUAAAGAAGUGGUUUUGGUGCAUAAAUGACGCUCCUUUUCUCAGAAAAUAAAAUACUUUUUGCCGUUUACGAGAAAAGGUAAUGUUUACUUUUUGCAAAGAACACACCUGUAGUGGCUGUCAACCAGACACUUGACAGGCUGAAAUCCUACAAUUUUCAAAGAUCUUAACAUUUGACAUCAUCACAAAUAGCACGGUGAAGUCAAGUGCCUCCAAUGCUUCCCAUAGAGAUUGCUGUGCAUGUGCUGCAUGACCGCUUGUUAGAGUGCUUUUUAAGCUCUUCAAUGUAACUGUUCUGUAGCAAUGUGUGGUAGACAUAAUGGCAAGUAGUAGACUGACUGUGCUAAAAUUUUAACUAUUGGCUGACACUGGAAAUAGUCAGUUUUAAAAUUUAACUGCUGGUACUGAGUGAAGUUCUGACCUGUUUUCCCAUUUGGCCUUUUUUUGUGAUUAUCCAACAAAUAUUUUCUUAUUCCCCCAACCUUUUUUCUGUUUCAGCUUUUCCCAUUAAACCCAGAUCCGCGGUGGCAGAACAACAACCCUCGACCUAUCUCUUUGGCUCUGCAGCAAGCUCUGGGUCAGGAGCUGGCUCGUAUUCGUCAGGGUAACACCCAGCUGACUGGCAUUGCAGUGCGUUUGCUCCAAGCAGUGGCAGCAUUACUAAGUUCUCCACACAGCGGAGCUUUGGUCUUGGCUAUGCAUAGGAAUCAUUUCAUCUCUUGCCCUUUGAUGCGUCUACUCUAUCAGUACCAAGUGAGUAUUUCCUGAAAUGUCAUUUUGUGAAAAUACAAAUCUAUGUUUGUCUUUGUAUCAUGUCUCUCCCAAAAGCACCUGAGGAACCCAGGUAAGUGGCAAGCUGUUAAGAAAUCAGUUGACUGCUUACUAUUCCAUGUUUUUAUGAGUCCUUCACUGUAUCUUUAAAAAAAAAAAAAAAUGUAAAUACAUAUACUUCCCAUAAAAGUUCUCAGCCAAUUCACAAUAGUGGGCCUCAUUAAAGCUGCAGAAAAAACUUCUCCCAAAGCAGGAUGAGAUCUCCAAUCAGGAGAGUCGUAUUCUAGUCACUGUGGUCUGAUCUUAUAUAGUGAACUAACAAUCUAUUAUUGCUUUAUGUAUACAUGUUUUAUGCCCAUCCAACAGGAUAAGUGGAACUGCUAUUUAAAGGAGCCAUAACACAGCUGUUAUCAGUUUACACACAGCCCGGUUCACCGUGUUGCUAUAAAUGGGACCAGAUGAGUUGUCCACUGCUCACCUUAUUUUAACCCCAUUAAGGACACAUGACAUGUGUGACAUGUCAUGAUUCCCUUUUAUUCCAGAAGUUUGGUCCUUAAGGGGUUAAAGGGAGGAGAGGAAGCUCACUCCAAGUUGCAGAUGUUGCAUAUACACACCACACGCACAACUUGGCCAGAAUUAAUAAAAGCAACCCAGACUGUAAAAAUCAGGACUUGCCUGAUUGUCAGCUCUGAGGGACAGGCUUGGAGAUGGGGAGGUUUUUACAUAUCGUUGCAGUUCUUAUUAGCCGCUCAAAGCAUGUUCAGGGUGCUCUGUGCACCACCAGCUACGCAAAAAAUGCAGAAUACUGUCCCUUUGAACUACAUGAAGGAAACACACCUUUUUAAAGUUUAAAGCUGUAUUACACAUUUCUCCUGGCAGAAAAUUGAGCAGUGAGACUGCAGGGGCAUGAUCUAUACAUAAAAACAGAUUCAUUAGGCUAAAGUUAUUUUGGUGCAAACUUAAACAAAAAAGCAAGUUGUCUUAAAAGCAUAUUCCUGAAUUUAAGACAACACAAAAUUGUUGGGGUAAGUGAACCCCUCUAUCACUUAUAUUUGUAUUCGCGCUCCACUAGGUGGUGUAUUUUACACUACAUUUCUAUAUAAAGUUAUUUUGUUGUCUCUUUAAAGGAACACUAUAGUCACCUAAAUUACUUUAUCUAAAUAAAGCAGUUUUAGUGUAUAGAUCAUUCUCCUGAAAUUUCACUGCUCAAUUCACUGUCAUUUAGGAGUUAAAUCACUUUGUUUCUGUUUAUGCAGCCCUAGCCACACCUCCCCUGGCUAUGAUUGACCGAGCCUGCGUGAAAAUAAAAACUGGUUUCACUUUCAAACAGAUGUAAUUUACCUUAAAUAAUUGUAUCUCAAUUUCUAAAUUGAACUUUAAUCACACACAGGAGGCUCUUGCAGGGUCUUGCAGGGUCUAGCAAGCUAUGAACAACAGAAAAUCUUAAUUAAACAGAACUUGCAAUAAAGAAAGUCUAAAUAUGGCUCUCUUUACAGGAAGUUUUUAUGGAAGGCUGUGCAAGUCACAUGCAGGGAGGUGUGACUAGGGUUCAUAAACAAAUGGAUUUAACUCCUAGAGGAUUGAGCAGUGAGGCUGCAGGGGCAUGUCCUAUACACCAAAACUGCUUCAUUAAGAUAAAGUUGUUCAGGUGACUAUAGUGUCCCUUUAAGUUUCAUUAAAUGUAAUAUUUUAUAAAAAUUGAUGACCAUUGUCCUUUAAAUACCCCCAUGGCAGAGAGGUCUGUUAGUGAAUGCUCUACAACAAAUUCAGACCCCAAACCAGACUAUGAAAAGUAUUGAUGAUGACAUCAGACCUCACAGAGAUGCUCCUAGUCUGGGACAUUUUACAAUUGUGAACAUUAUAUUUACAACAAUGUAGCAUUUUUCUAGAUAUUUAAUUAGUUGCCUUUUUUAUUAAAUCUAUUUUCUUUAUACAGCGCAGCGUCCCCCAGGACACCGCCUUCUCCUCACUGUUCUUCAAAGUCCUUAUGCAGAUGUUGCAGUGGUUAGACACUCCUGGUGUAGAGGAUGGACCACUUCGUGCACAACUGAAAUCCUUUGCCUCUCUGUACUCUUCAAAGCACAGGAUUAGUGAUGGUAUGGUGGCAUUUUGCUGGAGUCAUUGCGAUAGUCUUCAAGUCAAAGAAAUUUUAGUUUCAUGCUGGGUUCUUCCUGAAUUAAAUUACUUGCAUAUAUUAAUCAUUGCAAUUACUUGCUUUGUUCUAAAAACCAGAAAUAGAGGAGCGGUCAGCUACUGGGCUGUUUUAAUGCGAUGAAUUUAAAUUCGGGACAAUGUUUUUUUCAUUCUUUAAACCUCUGUACUGCAUAUUGUCACUGUAUGUGUGAAUGUUAAAGGUUAAUUCAGUUGAUUUUAAGCAUCUUAUUAUUGGCACGGUUGUUGAUAUUCUCUCUAGAACAUAUUUAUUAUUAAGAUAUUUAAAAAAAAUAAUAAUACUAAAACCUUGUAAAAAAUGCAUUUACAACAUGGAAUCUGGUAAAAUAUUAAAGAGACAAAACGAUUAGAACCGUGAAACACUUUUGUUAUUAAAUAUUUUAGAUUUAUCACGUGUGCAGAGUGCACAUGUGAUGAUCGCAACACUAGUGAGAAUUCUGCUGCCAUAUCUGGACUAUACACACGCUUUGGAUUUAUACAGUCUGCUUAACAGUGGAAACUAGAUAUAGUUAAGGUUAUUCACUAAAGUUAGAAUUGUUGCGGUUUCAAAGGGAAUUUCAAAUUUAAGGCCAAAGUAGCCAAACUUGAAGCAUAGCUGACUUUAAAUUUUUUCAGAUCAGCUAUUUUGGCCUUUAAUGUAGUUUUACUACACACAGAGCCUGAUUUCCUUACUGCUUGUGCAUGCUGACUGUAGUGGAUAUGGUGCCAUGGAUGAGCUAGCGCACCCCAUUGUAAGUAGGCAAACGGUUUUGGAAUGGUAUGACUUCUUACCUGGGGUCCGCUUGGCACUUACAGUAUCUUUACUGGAGAUCCUGGGCAGACUGACGCUCUCAGCCAAUGAGCUAUGUUUCUGCUAAGGAACUUGCGGCUCUCACAUUACUGUAGUGGAGGUAGGGAGUGGCGCUAGGUGGACCCUGUGGAAGAAACCAAACUGGCAUCAUAACUACUAGAGCAAGCCGCAGUGGUUAAGGAGCUUGGAGUGUUCCUUUAAGGAUGAUGGUAAUUUAUUUUAUGUGAUCUGUUUACAUGGUAAUCACUCUGAUCAUUUUAUGCUACUAUUGUUAUUCAACAUUUAAAUGACUGGUAAAGAUAUGGUGUGAAUGUUUGUUUAUUUAAAAAAAAAUCUUUUUGCUUGUAAUCCCCACUAGCGUACAUUGUACAGCGUAUCUACAUCUUUACUCGUACAUUUGCAGUCACAGUCUCACAACAUGCAAAACAUUGUUUUAUUUAUUUUUUAUAGUUAUAUUUUAUUUGUUUUUUUUAAAAUAUAUUAUCUGUAUAUAUUGCAAUAAAAAGGUGCAAAGUGCAUUAUUAAUUUUAAAUAUAAAGAUCAUUUUGUAUUUUUCUUCAGUACGUGGGGGAUUUUUGCACCUAGCAGAGGCACUUGCAUUCUGCCGUGAACCCGAUGUGAUAAACUCCACACUGCGUGCCAUAAUUACCACUCUGAAAUCUGGAGACAAGUGUAAUGUGGAACCCGAACUGAUCAGCAAAGGUGAGUUCUUAUUUAAUCAUCUACCAGAAUGUUCCUGUAAUUAGUUCUAUUAUUGUACUGUUGUGUAGAAUGUAGCAGAUGAACUGCUGUUAACAUGCUGUAUUCGCCUCUUAGCUGAGCUAUUAUUUAAAUAUUUACUGCAGUGCUGUCACUAAAGUGAACUUUUUAGUAAACGGCUACUGCAGUCUUCCUUUUAAUGUGAUAUAAUAUCAUAGUUAUUGAAGAGUUAACCUAACUCGAACUAAUAUUAGUUAAAUGAACAAUUUAAAUGGUUCAGAGUUUAGGUAAGGCUAGCUAUGAUUUCCUUUUUAGUGGAGUAUUCCUCCAAAGGUGAGCUGGUAAUUGGUUAUGGAAGUUCUCCUAGGGUGAGUAGGCAAAGGGCAGCAGACUGCGUUUGAGAUCGUUGGUGGUAUGUUUAAAAUAUACACGAGUUAUUAAAAAAAUAAAAAAAAAUUUAGAUUUUUUUUUUUUUUUUUCUGUUUGUUUUUUGCUAAACACAAAUAUGAACCCUCUGUUAUUUUUUUUGUCUGGCUUUUAUCUGUACUCUGAAUGUGUAAUCUAGGUGGGAACGUAUUGCAACAAAAAAAAAAAAGCUUAAAGAAACUCUGUAGCCAUUUGCUCACUUUUGCCAUUAGAAAAUAACCCAUAUUAACCUAUAUUAGCUGGAAAUCAGACUGAUCCCAUCUGUAAGGGCAGUCCAGAAUUGAAAUGCCAGCAAGUUCUCUCUGCAUGAGGGAUACUAAAACCUAGACAAUUUUUUUUCCAACCUUUUUUGGGCCUCAUCAGCAAGAUGUAGCUGAUACCCUUCAAGGCACAGUGAGCACAGUGUCCAUGUCUGGACUACCCUUUUCAACUUCAGGUGAUGCUAAAAUAAAUGCACAGUGAGAAUGGGGUGGGAAAGUGCAAUAAAAUAUCUUAACCCUUUUUUAACUGGUUAUGAAGUUUAUCGCAAGCAUACAACCUGUUUUCUAUGCAUAGUUUAGUUGUAUGUUUUUUUUAAUAUAUAUUUUAUAUAUAUAUAUAUAUAUAUAUAUAUAUAUAAUGUGUGAAAGAUUUGCUUCCAAAACUUAAAUGCAUGGUUAAAAAUAGUUACAAUAGUUAGUGGUGCCAAGAGUCCCAGGCACCGCCUCCUGUUUGAUAGUGAAUCUGGGUCCCCAGGAGCCUGCAGCUCUCCCCCUCUUUUGAAAUGGCUAAGCCAGAGUUCUCCACCUUAACCAUUACCAAAUCAUACUGAUAGUGAUCGUGGGCACUGAUUGGCUGAGAGUUUCAGUGGAGUGCUCUCACCCUAUCACUGAGAUUUGGCGUAUGGCGUAAGAUGGAUCAUUACUCUGACUAAGCCAUUCCAUCAGAGGAAGCCAUGCUGUAGGCACCUGUGGAUCCAGAGCCACUGUUAAACUAUUCAGAAUCUAAUAAUAAAGCUUUCAAUAUCAUCAAGGAACCAUGAUCACAUCAGUGAAUUGAAGUGAUUGUGGUGCCAACAGUGUCAAAAUGUAUAAUUACAUUUUGUGUUAAUACGGUUGUAAACCGUGGAAAAUAAUUUGAGUAGCUUACACGUUUUAUCCAUUUUUUUUUUCUUAUUCUCCUGCUGUGUUGUGCAACAUUAGUUCUUCAAGGACUGAUUGAAACAAAAUCUCCCUAUUUGGAAGAGUUUUUAGCCAUUCUACUAUCAGUAACCAUAGAAACAACAUCGCGUUUUACGGCUACUGGCCCUGUGGCCAUCGUGUGCUCUCUCCUUCUACAAGAGAGAGAGGAGGCGCCUGUGAAAAAAGGAAGUGAAAGCUGCAGGUAAUUUCUCCCGAAACGAGUAUAUUUGUGUUUGUUAAAAAUGAUGUCCUAAUAAUAUACUGUCAGUCUCUACAUUAGCUCUAAUAUCAGCACUGCCUGAGCCUGUCCUGGUAAUGUACAGUCAGUCCCUAGAUUAGCUCUAAUCUCAGCACUGCCUGAGCCUGUCCUGAUAAUGUACAGUCAGAUCCCCUACAUUAGCUCUAAUAUCAGCACUGCCUGAGCCUGUCCUGAUAAUGUACAAUCAGAUCCCCUACAUUAGCUCUAAUAUCAGCACUGCCCGAGCCUGUCCUGAUAAUGUAAAGUCAGAUCCCCUACAUUAGCUAUAAACCCGGCACUUUCUGAGCUCUGUAUCAAGCUCUGCACAUAAACAUUUGUUUUAUUCCUUGAAACAUUGUGAUGCACUCAUUCAGUCUAUACAUAGAAAACCCUUCAGACAGUGAUAGGGGCCUUUACAGCUUGUGUUGCGCAGUCAAUUUAAUCGCUGAAAACACUCUGAUUCACAAUGCAUCUCCUGUUUGUUUUGUAGCUCAGAAACAACCCGCUCAAGAACUUCGUCAGGACUUCUUAUCGACUGGUUGGAUCUGUUAGACCCAGAAGUUAUUAGUAGUUGUCCAGAUCUGCAGCAGAGACUUCUGUUUUCAAGUAGCAAGGUACAACAUCUAUGAAAAAAAAUACACACCAUUUUUUUUACAAAGCCCACGUUAGCAACAUGACAUAUUUAUUAGAAUGUUGCCUCUAUGCUGAUUCUGCUGAUAGAACUUGUCAUCACUCUAUUUAGACAUAUAAAAUAUGUCUUUCUCACUUUCCUGCCAACAUAAUGUCAAAGUUAAUUAUGCAUUAUUCAAAAUACGACCUUGAAUGUCCCAGUUAUACAGAAUAACAACUCUUCUUCUAAAUUACAGUUUAGGUUAAAAAGGGUUAUUUAACAGUUUUGUUUAAUUUUUUUUAGGUGAAAGUUUCCGCAGGAUCUCAAGCUCCUUCUUUCCGUCCAUACCUUUUGGCUCUGUUAACCCAUCAAUCCAACUGGGAUACGAUACAUCAGUGCAUUGGGAUCUUAUUAAGUAAACAGCGGGAGCAAAGGUAAGUGAUGAAUAGAUGGCAGAUUAUUAAAGGCUUACCUCGGUCAAGGUGAUAGUAGUUUGGAUGUGAAACACUGUAUAUCCAGAGUUAUUUGCAAUUGUGUCCCGGAGGCUAGUUACAAACCCCUGGGACAUGUGACUUAGGCAGUGCAGAACUCAGCACAGCCCGGAGGCUGCCUAAUAUCAAUUCUAUGCAUAGUUUACAUCUGUCGUUGGUGUGCACUGCAUUCUUGCGACAGACCUUCACUGCUCAUGUCCCCUCUCCCUCCCUUCUUAAUUGCAGCCCUUUCUCCUUCUUAUCCCACCUGCUUAUUUAUUUUUUGUCUCCUGCCCUUCCUGCUCCUACUUUACCUCCCCACUCCCUCUCCCCCUCCUUUUGCCAGCUCAGAGCAUGUGCAUGCACGGUUAAAUGGUCCAAUCAAAGACUUCUCUAUAAGAAGCCUUUGCUUGGAUUGCCACUUGGCUACUGUAAUGUCACAAGGGGGCACGAACUGAGCAACACUGAGAGCUUCACCUGAUGCUGGGUUAAGGUAAGUAAAACUUUGUUUAAAAAUGUGUUUAAGCCUUUGGGGGAGCUAAAGAAUAAGUGUUGUGUACUAUGUCUGGGCUAUGCUCUACAUUUAAUGGAAUCCAUAGAUGUAUAGAUGUAUCAUGCAAACUCUAUGUUGCAUAACCCCAUGCCUAUUCCAAAGAGAAGGCAGACAAGGUUGCCAGAACCAUACAGCUAUAUGUUUCUCAAGAACCUCUGUUUGCUGACUUCUAAAGGAAAUUUAUGUGGGACAGUAAGUACACUCCGUUUUUAUUGUUGUUGUCCUAUCCACCGUUUUUUACACUCACCAUUUGUAGGUAUUAAUGGACACUACGUAAAAUCCAGUGGUAUGUAGAAUUCAAAUACUGCAGGAAAGAAAUGGUCAUUAAUCAAAGAAGAACCUUGCAGCAAAUUAAUUCUACACAUGCACUUUUCAUGAACCAUGCAGCAUAUGAAUUCUACACAUGCACUUUUCAUGAACCACGCAGCAUUUGAAUUCUUCACAUGCACUUUUCAUGAACCAUGCAGCAUAUGAAUUCUACACAUGCACUUUUUAUGAACCAUGCAGCAUAUGAAUUCUACACAUGCACUUUUCAUGAACCAUGCAGCAUAUGAAUUCUACGCAUGCACUUUUCAUUUGAUGUGUCUGCACAAGAAAAAAUUAAGGUUAUGAAAGCUGUAAUUCUGCUGCAGCUAUUUUCAGUGACAUUUUGAUUACUGGAGCAUCAGAGCAUUGGGAAAACCUAGAGAAAAGGUUGCUCCGAAAUAUGUAUCUUUUUUUUCUUGUGUUUAUUGAAAUAUAUUAAUUAUUUAUUAAAUGCUUAAAAUUCAUGGAAGUCCCUGCACAUAAGUUUAAUAAAAUGUAAAAAAAAUGCAUACAUAUUCAGGUAGUUAUGUGAAGUUGUGGAGGUUAUUAAAUACUAUGUUUCAUUUUAUCUGAUUUAUCUUUUCCUCUGCCCUCCCAUGAAAUUAAAAUGUAUUUAAUUUGAAUCUCCAUUGUAAGGAGUCAAACCAUUUUAGACAACUAACUACUGAGUGCCGGUGACUUUUGAUCAGGGCCGGACUGGGGAUACAAAGCAGCCCUGGAAAAAAAAUUUGUGCCAGCCCCAUAAGUCACUGCGCCAUAUAUUGUCGCGUGUAAUAUGUAAGGCUAUGUCUUGCCAGGACAGAUGAUUGAGUUAUAUAUAUAUAUAUAUAUAUAUAUAUAUAUAUUGCUUUUUCUAAUAUAAAAUAUUGGUCCUUUCAGGGUAAAACGUUUAAUUAUACAGUAAGCAUACGCACAUGCAGACACAGGCAAUUUCACUGACAUUUCAGUGACACACACAAGCUCAUUGAUACACAGCCUCAUAGACAAACAAUCUUACUGAUAUACAUCAGCUCAUUGACAUAAAAACACAAGCUCACUCACUAGCAGGCACACGCAUGCAAGCAAGCUCACUCACUAGCAGACGCACACACACAGCUUAAUGUGGUGGUACUGGUGUCUAUAGCAUGUCCCUACAGGCUUUUCAACGUAAACACUGACUUUUCAGACAAAAGGCAGUGUUUACAUUGCUUCAAAGUGACACUGCUAGUGACAGUCACUCAGACGGUCACUAGAGGUGCUUCCUGUGUUAGUGCCCUCCCGCCCUCGCGCGCUGCUGAAUGAGACUGGCGCCGGAAUAUGACGUCAUAUUCCGGCGCCGGUCUCAUUCAGCUGCGUGCUGGGGAGCAGAGCCAGCGCAGCUCCCUCAGCGGCCGCCAGGACAAGUCCGCCAGCGGCCGCCAAAAGACCUCCCCAGCGGCCAGGGGAGGGCUGGCAGCCUUAGGCCUGGGGGGCAAAACCAGUCAAGUAGACUGGUGCACCUGCCCAGGAUCAGAGCCGGUGCAAGGAUUUUUGCCGCCCUAGACAAAAUAAAAAUUUGCUGCCCCCACAUGUCACAUCACAAUGCCCCACCCAUAUGAUCUGCCAUAUGAACUAACGCCAGUGCUGCACACAGUGUGUGUUUACAUUAAAAAGCCUGCAGGGACCAGCUAUAGACACCAGAACCACUUCAUUAAGCUAUAGUGUCCCUUUAAUGUGAGGUAAAUUAUAGAUUAGUGUCACUAAUAAUAUACUAGGUUGCCUACUUACAAGCAGAUGAGGAUGAUGAUGGGCUGCAGUUUGGCUCCACUGGUCUGGUGUAGAACAGGAUCUCUGGAGGCUGUUUGCAACUGUGGUCACAAAAUUCAAUGUUCUGGGAGAAUUGGAAGCAGCUCAAUUUUUUUGGGGCCCCUUACACAGCUCAAGGUCUGGGCCCCAGGGCCUGACGGUGAGUAUGCCCAUAAGGCCCAUAAAGUCCACUUAUAUGUUCCACCCACCCAUGAGUUCGCUCACAGGGAGUGGAGUGUGUAGGGGAUGUGUUAUGUGUUAUUGUAGAGGAUCUAAUAUGUGUGCUUAUGGUAUGUAGUGUUUAGGGUUAUCAGUUUGUGCAGGUGAUGCAGUGUGUUUGUGUGUAGUGGAAGCAGUGUGUAUUUGUGUAUAAGGGAUGUAUUAUGUGUUUCUGGUUGUGUGUAAGGGAUGCAUUGUGUGAAUCUGUGUUUGUAUGCAUAAGGGAUGCAAGGUGUGUGUCUGUAUGUGUGUGCAUGAGAUGCAUUGUGUUUCUGUGUGUAUGUAAGAAAAGAAGUGUGUGUGUUUGCAUGCGUGUGUACGGGUUUGCAUUGUCUGUUUCUGUGUAUGUGUGCAAAGGAUGCAUUGUCUUUGUGUGUAAGGGUUGCAUUGUGUGUGUGUGUGUAAUGUAUGCAUUGUGUGUUUCUCUGUGUGUAAGGGAAGCAUGUUGUGUUUCUGUGUAUGUAUAGGGAUGCAUUGUGUGUGUGUGCGCGCGUAGUGUGAAAGAGUUCCCUGUCUUGGCCCCUGUCCUAUAGAGCUGCCCCUUCUUUAUUCCCCCCCCCUCCCCUCUUUAUUCCCCCCCCUCUUCUUUCCCUCUCCCCUUCUUUAUUCCCUCCCUCCCCUCUUCUUAUUCCCCCCCCUCCACUUAUUCCCCCCUCAUCUUAUUCCCUCCCCAUCUUACCUCCUUCUUAUUCCCUCCCUCCCUCUUCUUAUUCUCCCUCUUUUAUUCCCCUUCUUAUUCCCCUCUUAUUCCUCCCUCCCUCUUUCUUACCCCCUCCCCUCUCUACCCUCUCUAUUCUACUCUCCCCAGGCUCUAACCCUCCCUAUUUCUACCCCUUCCCUAUUCUUACCCCCUUCCUAUUCUCCUUACCCCCUUCCCUAUUCUCCUACUCCCCUUCCUUUUCCAAGGUAGGAAGGUGCACACUGAGUGUGCACUUCCUGUCAGUCCGGCCGGUGACAGGAAACAGAAACUCUGCGCGGAACAGGAGUUUCUGUUUCCUGUCACCGGCCGGACUUACAGGAAGUGCACACUCAGUGUGCCCCUUCCUAUCACUCCGGCCGGCCGGCCACCGCGGACCGGAGUGCAGCCUGGCCACGCUACAGGGGAGGGAGGGAGGGGAGAAGCUGCAGCCGCCUGACCGCUCUUCACAGAGCGCUCAGGCGGCUGCAGUAUUUAAAGGGCCGGCCCCAGGUGCCGACGGCCCACCGGGAAAUUUCCCGGUAUCCCGGUGGGCCAGUCCGGCCCUGCUUUUGAUGCUCUCAGCCAACGAGCUAGCUCUACGCUGCAAACUUCCCAGCUUACAGUCGUUUGUAGUGGAGGCAGAGAGCGGAGACCAGCAGGCCUCAGGUAAGAAGGCAAUUCUAAAGUGCUUUGACUAAUUACAAUGGUAGGUGCAUCAGGGAAGACCUGGCAGUACAGUGAGCUGUAGUUGUUAUGGUGCUUGUGGUGUACCUUUAAUGUAAAGUUUGUUUGGUGUAAACGUCCAGCAUCCUAAAAGUAAAAGUGUUGUCUGUGGCUUACUAAGCAUCACCACAGUUGUAAUUCCAAGAGCUACUCGUUUCCUGCCCUGAUUUCAUGAUUUCUAAACCUACAGCCAUAGUUAAUCAUGUAUGCAGAGUGACUCUAUGAAUUAAAAUAUAGUAUUUAUCUGCAGCAUGGGCACCUGACAUUGUCCACCCUCUUAGACACUAAGUUUCAGCCGAAAGUUUUAAACAUUCUCCAGAACACUUUUGCGUUCCAAAUCUCAUUCGUAACCAUUGCAGGAAACACUCUUUAAAAUAUAUAUUUAACACGUUGUGGCUUAUGUGACAUUUAGGUUGGACCCAUCAGCUUCUUUGGACUUUUUGUGGGCAUGCAUCCAUAUUCCCCGUAUCUGGCAGGGAAGGGACCAGCACACGCCACAGGUACAGACUGAACCAAUGUACGGGCACCUCUGCACUCCUAUGUGUAGUGACUGAUAGUACUGACUCACCAUUCUUUAUUAUCCCACACAGAAAAGGCGAGAUGAAUUUGUUCUGCAGCUAAAGCCAUCAGAGCUAAUUUGUCUUGUGGAUUUGAUUAUCUCGGAGUCAGAAACCAAGAGUCAGGAGCCAGAGGAGACUUCUUGUCAUCUGAUUCAAUCACGCCUUCCACUUUUAAUCAAUUUUUGUCAUGGAAACCAAGAAAGCAUCAAGAAGGUCAUGGAGCAUUUGAUCAAUUGUAUAAAACAGUGGGGUAAUAGGUGAGUCUAAUGUACAGGAAUAAUAAAAAAAAAAUGUAAUCACUUUUUUUUUUUUAAACCUGUGUAUAUUGUGCCAGUGGUGACAUCGCUGAUGACAAAUACUCUGGAUCAGUAACUUGCCCUGAGCUUGUCUCUUGGAUAUAAAAUUAAACAAAAGCAUUUGCUACCUGAUCCUCUCUACAGAUUUUCAGACAUUCAGCGUGAGAUUUGAAAGGUCAAAAUAAAUCCUCUAAUGCAGUAUUUAUCUCUUUAGUCCUUUAGGGAAACCAUGCCGGGACCUUCUCCUGCAGCUUUAUCUACAACUGCCAGAAUCGAUUGUUUUAGUGCCUGAAAUCUCCAGUGAGGGAGCCACUGGCAGCAGUACCUGCAAGGUAUGUAAGCAGGAAAUGUUUUGACUCCAUUCUGGGUGAGCGUAGCUCUCUCUAUAUGGUACCAGUGUCUUAGAAGAAGCACUGUCUUCAGAUAAUGUAAAUGCAGCAUCAUAUAGCUCUGUAAUCACUGCUUAAAUAUUGUUAACACAUUAAUCUAAUAAAAAAAACUUCUCAGGUUAAAAACUGUUCAAAAUACGAGUGUGACCCCAAAAUUAAAGAAACACUCUGGGCACUAAAAGAAUGAAGUUCUUAUGGUUCCAGGAGGUCCUGGGCGCCAUCUUACCAUAGGGGGUUAAACCAUUUACAGUCCGUUCAAAGGAGCACUCCGGGUACCAUAAUAUAUUCAUCUGAAUUAAGUUGUUAUGGUGCCUGAAGAUCCUUCACCAACGGUUUAACCUCAAAGUCGAGUGCCAUUUAGCUCUGUCCCUUUCUUGCUUCUCUCUGAUUCUUGAAACAGGAAUUCUCAGACAGACACUGUCUACAACAUCUGGGGAUCUACCUUUUAGGCAUCCCUGCUCUAAGUCAUUUAGAUACUCCACAUUCAUAAAAACAGCUUGUCGAAAAUAUAUGCAUUUCUGAAGCCAUUUUGUGAAUGGGGAGCUACUGAUUGGCGUAGAGCAUUAGCUGAUUCUCUCAGCCAAUGAGUGCCGCAUUUGUCUGAGGCUUUCCUGUUUCAAGGAUUAGAGCAAAGCGAAAGGACACGCGUAGAGCUACACAACAUUGAAUUAAAGACUUUGGGGAUUAAACCGUUCGUGAGCAAUUUAACCUCUAUAGUAAGCAGACUCCAGAGACAUCUAGGCACCAUAACAACUUCAUUCUGCUGUCCGGAGUGUUCCUUUUAACAGUUCGUAAACCGUUAAGCACAGUGGUUCCCAAACCUUUUAGGUUUUUUGUGCCCUUAAUAUUUUUCAAUUUUUUUCGAAGGCACCUCAAGUCAAAAUUUCUAUAUCCAGGGUGUGUAUCUGUACAGCGCUGCGGCAUUUACUGGCGCUAUAGUGUAAUGUAUAGUGUUGGUGUUUAAAGGACCACUCUAGGCACCCAGACCACUUCAGCUUAAUGAGGUGGUGUGGGUGCCAGGUCCAGCUAGGAUUAACCCAUUUUUUUAUAAACAUAGCAGUUUCAGAGAAACUGCUGUGUUUACAAAUGGGUUAAUCCUUCCUCCAAUUCCUCUAGCGGCUGUCUCAUUGACAGCCGUUAGAGGCGCUUGCGUGAUUCUCACUGUGAAAAUCACAGUGAGAGCACGCAAGAGUCCAUAGGAAAGCAUUGUUUCCUAUGCGACCAGCUGAAUGCGCGCGCAGCUCUUGCCGCGCGUGUGCAUUCAGCCGAAUGGGAGGAACGGAGGAGGAUUGGAGGAGGAGAGCUCCCUGCCCAGCGCUGGAAAAAGGUAAGUUUUUACCCCUUUCCUCUCCCGGGCGGGAGGAGGACUCUGAGGGUGGGGGCAUCCUCAGGGCACUAUAGUGCCAGGAAAACGAGUAUGUUUUCCUGGCACUAUAGUGGUCCUUUAAAGGGGUGCUUUUAUAUAGUUAUUGUGGUUUAAUAUAGGGAUUGUGUUUGUAUGUAAUGUUUGCGUUUGAUUGCAGGGGUGUGUAUGUAUGUAAUAUUUGUGUUAGAUUGCAGGAGUGUAUUUGUAUGUUGUGCUGGUGUCUGUCUGCUUUGAUAUAUGCACAUACAUUACCACAUACAUACUUACACAGAUAUACAUACACACAAAUUCAUAUAGACACCAACACAUACACACACACACAUACACUCACUGACACAUACCUUAACAUACGCAUACACCAACAUAUACACACACAUGCACCCUGACACACACAUUGAUACAUGUACACACCAUGAUACAGAUACACACUGAAAUAAAAACAUACACAGACGCAUAUCCUGACACACAGAUGUGUGCGCACACAGACACAGAAGCAUACUUAUAUAUAUUCAUGUAGAGAUUGUAGCCGUAUUAGUCCAGUGAUGUAGAUGUAAAAAACAGAUACAAUUUGUAUCUUGUAAUACCUUUUUUAUUGGACUAACAGAAUUUUUUAAUGAAAAGCUUUCGCGAGAACCACUACCAACACUUUACAUGAACACUCUCCCAGCAUUUUCUUACUGUUCUGUCAUAUGUAACAACACUAUAAAUCACAUUUCAAUAUGUUUAUUCUAUCAAUAUAUAAAGUACUAUGUGUAGACCUAUGCUUUCCCAUAUUAUGCAUGUAUGCAUAUAUAUAUGACUGUGCAUUUAUAUUUGUGUAUAUGAGUUCAUGUACAUGUCUGUAUAUGUGUUUAUGUAUAUGUACAUGUGUUUAUGUAUAUGUACAUGUGUUUAUGUGUUCGCCUAUACGUAUUUGUGUGUGUGUGCAUGUAUAAAGUGUACCAUCCUCUGCACUGUUUGCUUGUUUGUUUUUCUUCUCCCGCUCUCCCCCCUCACUCUACUCUUCAGAAAGAUAUUUAUGACCCUCUGCUAAGAUGGUGUCUAUUUUCUAACAAACCUGUGUCUUAUCUGCACUCAUGUCGCUUUAACCCUGAAUCACAACUCAACUUUGAAUUCUAUAUGUCGUCUUGCUCAGAAAUGCUUCAGACUUGAGAAAGGGAGGUUCUCCCGAAAGCUUGUCAUUAAAAAAUUCUGUUAGUCCAAUAAAAAAGGUAUCACAAGAUAAAAUUUUUAUCUGUUUUUUACAUCUAUAUAUAUAUAUCUCCAGCCACCCUCCUGUUAGCUUACCUUGUGUGUCCAGGAGGGUGGCUUGGAGUCCUGCUGGUAGGAGUGCGGAGUCUGGAGCUCUUCGUGCUCCUCUCCCCUCAUGCUGCUGCCGCCUCCUUUCCCGCUCGCAUUAAGCUGAAAGGAAUUGACAAGUUGUCACUUCCUCCCAGCCGGCAGACGUUACAGGGGCCCGGUCACAGUCUUAAAGGACCGUGGCACCCGUCCGGACCCUUUGUGUGCCUGUUGUGGCGCAGCGGCUGGUUUAGCCCCUUAAGCCUAGCACCAUAACAACUUAAUUUAGAAGUUGUUUUAGUGUUCAUGAAUGUUUUAGCCUUUAAAGGUGAGCCAGACACCUCCUGGCCCCAUAGCAACUUAAUUCGAAUUAAAUUGUUAUGGUGCCCAGAAUGUUUCUUUAACCCCAAAGUUGUGAAGACGGCACCCAUCAACUCUGCCCCGUGGUUUCCAGUGAUAUCCAAAGCUGUUGUGAGGGAGCCGAGGGUUGGAUGCCACUGAAAGCAUCUGCUGAUCACUCUCUUCCCAAUCAUAAAACUGUUAGAAAGGUACAUACCUUUUUCACACAAUUUUGUAAAUGGGAAGCUAAUGAUAAACUGACCGCGUCAGCUGAUGCUCUCAGCCUGUCAGUGGUGCCGGGUCCUUCUCUUCAUUAUUAAAGCCUUAGACAUCACCAGAAACACAGGGGCAGAGUGGUUCUCUUGACACAUAACAAAUUCAUUGAGAUUAGGUUGUUAUAGUGCCUGUAGUGUUCCCCUUAAUAUUAACCAGAGAUAUCAGUCCAAUCAGAUUAUACGAAGAAGACUGGCUCCAAAACACAUAGAAAUCAAACUGAACAAGUGCUAUAGGAAGGGAUGCACUGUCACUAUUUAGCCAGGUAAGCAUGUAUUUGGUUUGUUGCUACUACCCAAACAGAUCUUAUUUACUAAUUUAGCGGUACUCAUUUUAUUGGAUUUGGAUAGUGACAAAAUAGAGAACAAUUACACACCAGAGAUGCUGUCCUGUUUGCUUUAGGUUUGUUGCAGAGACGGUCUUGUAUAUCCAGCCUGUAGUUUCCUAAUGAUAUCAUUAGUAUACACAGUUGGCUACAAAGAAAGAUUAUGAAUGACAUUUACACAAAGGAUUAUUUCCUUCUGUAGUGAUUGUUUGCUAACAUCUCUGGAAGGCUUUUCUCUGCAUUCCAUAGUCUCCACAGUUUUGUAUCAGAUCCAUUUGGGUUACAUACUUGUAUCACGCACAUACUGUCUUCUUUUGCUAUUUUUAGAUGGAUGGUCUUAUACACCGUUUCAUUACCCUCUUAGCGGAUACCAGCGAAUGCAAGGAGAGUCGGAUGUCCGAUGCCAAUAUGGCUUGUCGCAAGCUUUCCGUGGCACAUCCUGUCCUACUCCUCAGGUAUACAUUGUACUGGGCAAAGUAUCACUAUCUUUCAAGUUCAGGCAAGAAACCUCAAAAUGGCAGAGAGCAAACAUCUGUUUUUUGUUCCCGUGUUUAUUUUACCGCAGUUUGUACUCCUUCUGUUAUGGUUCUGCUAUCAGACUGCAAAUUUUAAAUUUGGGCAAGUGUCGUGUAAAACUUGCAAACUUUGUUUUCUUUGAUGGCGUCUCCUCUAAAGAUCUUGCCAUUCUAUUUCCUAUUCUUCUUCCCCAAACAUAUAGGGGUAAUGUGUCUCAAGUAGAUUGUAAUAGUGUACAUUCGUUUUGGUAAAUUCCUUGGCCUCCAUGUUACAUUAUAUCACAGAUGGAUGUUUUCCCGGGUUAGUGCGAAUGCUUUCUAUUUACACCAAAGUGUCAAUCAUUGAAAUUCCACUUUGUUUAUGGUCCAGAAUUGAAUUCUUGUUGUUUGUUGUCUAGGCACUUGCCCAUGAUUGCCGCCCUGCUCCAUGGACGGGUACACCUGAACUUCCACGAGUUUCGGCAGCAGAACCAUCUGACUUUCUUCACUCAUAUACUGGGCAUCCUUGAAUUGCUUCAGCCUCAGAUAUUCCACAGCGAGCAUCAGGAAGCCUUGUGGGACUGUCUCCUCUCAUUCAUCAAGCUUUUGCAGGUAUUCCCUUACAACUAUUACAAAUGUUCUAUAGACCCGAUCCACAAACCGCAUCUUGUUGGAGAUGCUACCAAGCUCUGUCAGAGUAGAUUGUAGACCACAUUUUGUCAAAAAUUUGGGGGCUUUCUGUUGGUAAUCAUUUCUCAAGAGCCACUGUCUUUACACUGUAUGUUGCUCAGAAAGGAUACGUGAGUUGUGGUAUCAGGCAUCAUUUACAGAAAAUGGUUAAAUUACGUAAAAUGUGCCCAGUGCACCUCUACUGAAAAUCUCAUGAAUACCACUUACUUGUGGGGAUCAUCAGCAGUACUGAGCUCUGGUGCCCCUAUUAGGCAAUCUAGGAUCGUAUUGUAACCUCUAUUUCUUGUAUCUAAAACACUGAUUAUGGCAAUCCUGGCAAGCAGUCUGCCCACCCAUAUAUUAACCUUGGCAGUCAGUGCCACUCUCGAUCAUGUCUUGAAUCUGUCUUCUUUGUGAUUUAAAAUACAGGUCGUUAUACUUAUUUAGUGGAUGAGCAUGGUAAGCCAAAAUUAAAAUAUACUUGCAAUGCUUUUGGGUUUUUUCUUUUCUUAUCAGUGUAAGAGAUACUUAAAACUUUUUUUUGUCUUCUGUCCCCAAAGAACACAUGUAGUUUAAAUUGUAUGUCUCAAACUCUAUGUUUUGCACAGCGCUGUUAAUCUCAGGCUUCCACUGUGAGCAACAAAGUUUGUGCCUCUAAAAUCCUUUUCUCUGCUUAGAAUUACAGGAAAUACUCCAGGCAGCUAGCGGGAUUCAUCAGCAAAUUUGUGCAGUUUAUCCACAAGUACAUCACAUGUGCAGCUCAAACAGCUGUGUCAUUUCUGCAGAAACACGCAGAUCCCUUACAGUAAGUCAAUUAAAUCAGCACUCCUAGCACAAAGAGCCAUUGCAGGCACCCAUACGUUGGGUGCAAUGAAUAGGAUAGGCUUUAUUUGGUUGUUUUAUUACGUUGACUACGUUUUAUUCGUUUUCCUUUAUUUUUUAUUUUUUAUUGUGUGUGUGUGUGUGUAUGUAUAUAUAUAUAUAUAUAUAUAUAUAUAUAUAUAUAUAUUUUUUUAUAUUAUAAGUAGUUUGCUCCAAAAGUCUACUCUUUUCCCCUCUCCUUACUAACAUGCAGUGUUUCUCUUUGUACACUCCAAAAAUUCAUUUACAGCAUGAUGACAAGACUUCUGAGUUAUCGUUCAGUUGUUUGUUUUCUACAGUAGAAAAAUUUAAUUUGAAAAAUACUUCCCAACAACCCCUUUCUAUGCCCAUAACCAAUUAACCAUAUAAAACAGUUUGUAGCUAAUUAGCAAUUCUCCUGAGAAAGAAAAAUCUUUGUACAAGUAAGCAGAAAUCGGCUGUACCAAACUGCAAAUAACACUGUCAUCUUUGAUUCGCUGAAAGAAUAAAUACUUAUUGGCUGUGUCUGAUACCUGCUUACCCUUACAAAUAUUUGUGGGUGAAUAAUGAGCAAGUUAGAAUUUCUUAUAAUCCUGGGGCCGUAGGAGAGAGGUCAAACCACCUGAAAACACUUCAACAAAAUUGAGAGGGACAAUACCCAUAGCCUCCUUGCACAUAAAACAUUGCAAGAAGCUGUAGGCAUGCCGCAUUACAAUGCCUGAAAUGUUCCUUUGAGCGGCUAAUUGAAAAAAAUUUGCCAUAAAAAGUUUUUGGUUUUUUUUUUUUUCCUAAAAAAGAUUUGAAACACAUAGACUUUAUACAUAAAAGCAGGAAUUAUAGGAAAAACACUGUAGAAUGUUAAACCAAACUAGAUUCAUCGGAAAAUCUCUCUAGCUGUUUUUUUUCGGAAAGUAUGUGUGGCCUAAAAUGUCCAAUCCCUUGUCUAUUUUGUACAAUUCCUGGUUUAUUAAUUAAGCCCAAAUAAAAUGUGUCAUGAGUACAGUUUUCAAUUGUUAAAUAUUUUCUUUUCCAGCGGUUUGUCAUCCGAGAACUCUGAUCUGGCGAUGCUGAAAUCCCUCUUAGCCGGUCUGAGCCUGCCCGGUAAAGGUGGAGAGUUGGAGAAGAGUCCUGAUGAGGACAAAGAAGGUAAAAAUUGAUAGGCAUUUGUGUAAUCAGUUUGUGUGACGAAUUCAGAUUUAACCAAUUAGCAUCUUGAGUGCAAAGCUUACUCAUGGCAUCAUUUGUUUGAAUGAUAAAUACAUUACAUAACUGUUCACUCUAUGAUGGAAGCUUUAAUGCCAAGCAACUUGAGAAGGGUAGUUCAAGUCAUUUGAUGAAUCAUGCAACAUUUGCAACAAAAGUCACAAGGUGUGAAAUAGUGUGCUGUAGUGGUUAUGGUGCCAGGGGAGCCCUAUUACCCCCCACCACCCCCUUGCAAUGUAAUCAGUAUACCAGUUUAAAAACAGUUUGACCUGCAGUCCGCUGGCCACCGCUCUGCUCCUGCAUCUCUCAGAGCUGGAUGCCCCUAGCUGGCACUUUCAUUAACUCUCCUAAGCUAAAUCCUAUUAUGCAAGGCUAGCUUAUUGUCUGAGGGCAUCACCUGAUCGGUCUCAGCCAAUGAGCUAUGCCAAUGAACUGCCGAGCUUGGCUCAGACAGAGCUUCUGGCCCGCAGAGAGCCAGAGUAGCACCUGAGAGAUCCUAGGUGAGAAGUCAAACUGUUCUAAAAUGUUUUCACUACUUACAUUGAGGACAUUCCUGGCACCAUAGCCACUGCAGCAUGCAAAUAAAGUUCUGUAUCAGAAGAUUUAUCAUUAUUGUGCUUAAUCAAAUAUUCACCUGCAGCUGCAAGUUAAUUGGGUUUUGGAUGACAGGAGUUUGUGGGUUUUAAUUCUCAAACCAUUAAAAGUCUGUAAUUAAAGGUUAAAUGAACACUAUAGCUUUAGGAAAAUAAAUAAAUAUACAUAUACAUAUACAUAUAUAUAUAUAUAUACCCAACUGUGUAGUACCCUUGUCCCUAGUUGGGUAGAGGUCCCCCACUUUUUUUCCAACUAAAAUGAAAAACAUAAAAGUUUUACUUACCUUUUUCCCAGUGCCGAAGCUAUUCACAUCUACGCUUCCCAUGAUGUCAUCGAUAGUAUGACAGCCACCAGAGGUAGAGUUAACCCUGCAAUGUAAUAUCAAGUUCUAAAAAAAACUGCAGUGUUUUACAUUGCAGGGGUAAAAGAACAGGGCCACUGCACCAACUUUAUUGAGAUUUAAACCUUUAAACUCUGUGACAACUCUUGGAUGAUCAGAACAGAUAUAGAAAGUUGUUUCUGUAAAAUCUUAUUAAACCCUCAAUGCUAAUUUUUCCCCCUGGGUCAUCGCUUGGCCUUCUCUCAUGUAUACAUAACAUGGUUUAUUUACUAAACUGAGUUGUAGUGAAAUAAAAAUUUAAAGUGCACAUUUCUGUCCCAAAAUUACUUUUUUUUUUUUACCCCCAAUUCACUGUGUAGUGAAUAAACUGUAGAGUCUUUAGCAUUUAGAGCCCAUAUAAUUUGUUUUAUUAUUGUGCUUGUUGAUAUUUAUGUGUGCUUGUGUCUAAAUAUACUGAUGAUUUUUUAAUCAUUAUUUAAUUUUUUGCAUAGAUGAGCCAGCAGCGGGCUCCCUCCCUUUGGUCAGUGUAUCUUUCUUUACGCCUAUUACUGCCGCUGAAAUAGCGCCUUACCUGAAAAGAAUAUCCAGAAGUCAAAGUGUAGAAGGUAAGCAUCACAUUUAUCUGUCAGAGUAAAUAUUCUAUGUAUCUGGAGCAGUACACGGCACAAAACACUUGAUCCAUCUCUAUAACAGGUCUAAUCCAUUUAUCUCCAUUGUUCCUUAGGAGUUAUCUUUCCUAUGAGCUAGUUUGCCAUUGUUAUUGAUUUAUUUUAUAUGAUUAGUGUCUUUUGUGCUGCUCGGUGACUUGGAUUUUGCGUGUAGACCUGUUGAGUUUCAUAGAAAAGGCUUUUCAUGUUCCAAACAGAAAGAAAGUAAACACAGUUUCUGUUUGUUUGAUAAAACUUUAGAAGGACACAAAUAUAAUUAAAGAAAUCCCAGGAGCCGUGUAUAAAGUCACAUCACAGCUCUGAGUGAACUGUGUGUUCUGUUUUUUUUUUGUUUUGUUUAGCUCAUCUCUGUUCAGCGCUGGUAUUUUUUUAUUUUUUUUGUCCCUCUGCCUGCCACAAUCUGAUCAGUUCUUGAAAUCCAAACAUAUUGCCUAAGGCAGUCUGAGACGUGCAGGCCUGCCAGCUGGGAUCUCUCUCGUAGGACCCACGCCGAUAUGUCAUCACAUUUCAUUCGCUCCGCAAAAUGAAUUGCCUGAUUGAAAAACUCUGCUGUAUCCAAGCCUCUGAUCAUCUCAUGCUGACCCAGCUUCUUUCCAGCUUCAGCCUGUGAUGAAUUUAAGUUGAUGGCUGCAGGAUUUUUCCUCUUCUCUUCCAGAUAUCCUACAGGUUCUGAGUGACAUAGAUGAAAUGUCCAAACGGCGUCCUGAAAUCCUGUCUUUCUUUGCAGUGAGUAUACCAAGGCCCACCUCUGAGCCGUACAGAUAAACACACACCACUGCACUGUAGGAACCAGACUCCGUCUACUUUCUGUAUUACUCUUCCAAUCCUCUCAUCAUUUUUUAUUACUAUUACUAAUGAAUACGGUACAUUUGUACAUGAUACAAUUUUAUUUAUUUUUUUACAUUUCGCACCAAAAGCUAAUUUAACCUGGUGCAUAAUGUUUUGAUUUUGUAAAAUAGAACUGCUGUUUUGGGGUGUUAAAAUUAAGUCUUAGAAAUGUUGCAAGCUACCUACUUGUUCGUUGUGGUGCAUUAGCUGUGUACCUCCGGGCACACCUUGGUGAAGUUGCUCCAUGAGAGAGGGAGACAGAGAAUAUUCGUGCGUGUAUGAGUAUACCUACCAUACACUGCAGUUUUUUGUUUUGCCUUUUAAGAACCCACAAGAUUUAAUACAUAAUCCCAACUAACAUUCCAUUCCAAUUCAUUCAGUUUGUAGUCUGCUGCAUUUUCCUUUUUGCUUCCUAGCCUAUCUCAAUGUACCUCCCGACACUAGAAGGCAUAGAUGUGGGCCACAAGGGUUAAGUGAUUAAGUACAUAUCCGAAAUUUGAUUGCUCUGGGCUUUCUGGAGACACCAGAGAGCAAAGCCGAAAUAGUGUCCCACAUUGGGACUGUCCUGCUAAGCUCAUGAAUGUUGGCAAGUUUGUCUCUAAACAUCACUGAUGCAUUACACAAUUUACUCCAGUACAGUGGGUGCUUAUGAAGGGGAUUGCAGUUGUAUUUGGUAACUGGACUAAUACUACAAACUCCCUUUUUCUUUGCACUUGCAAGCAUUGCUUAUGUAUUCUACUUACCUGUUCAUUUUUCUACAAUUUUGCAUAGAAGAGUUCUAUGUGUACCAAGUAAAUAUUUAGUCGAUCCUCCCUUAGGUAUAAAAUCCAAAUAAGUUCUAAAAAAACAAAACAAAACCAACAGAUGCACACCAAUGUCACUGCUAAUGCUAAUAUAGCUUUAUUUAAAAAACAAUGCAACAGAUACAUAAAUAAUACACAUAAAACGACUAAACAUUAUAUAUACAUUAUAUAUGUAUUUGUUGCAUUGCUUUGUAAAUAAAGCUGCAGUGGCACUAACAUUUGUGUUCUACUAUCUAAAAAAUCAAAUAAUUAGAAAAAUGUUUUUUUCAACUGCACGUAUGAGUAAACUUGUAUACUUUGAGAGCCCCACGAAUUAAAUAUAUAUAUAUAUAUAUAAAAAUUUUAAUGUCACUUACAUGUCUUGCCAGAGUGAUUUUCAGCGGCUCAUGAGUUCCACGGAGGAAUCCUGUCGCAAUUUGGCGUUCAACUUGGCUUUGCGCUCUAUCCAGUGUAAUCCCAGGUGAGUGCCUAUGGCCAGAGCUCCAUGUGCUACUGGCUGGAGAGAAGUGUGUGUGUUUUGAUAGGUGGAACAAAGCAAGUGUAUUGCAAAACUUAAUUUGAGAAAAAUAUAUAUCCGUUCAUUAGGUUCUGAGAUAUGUGCCAGUAAUCCAACAAUCUAAAGGGGAGUAGGACAGGCAAACAAGAGGGUCAGAUCACUAGAAAACUAGCCACCCAGGCAAAGACUGGAGAGCUAUUCGCAUUAGUUUACAUAUGGAAGGGGGUGCCAGUGACACCUUGCCAAGCACCAGAUUAAUAGGUAACUCAGCAAGCCAGCCAACCAGGACUGCCCAUGCACACAGCCGCGCAGCACCUCUUCUCUUGGACAGAGGGGAAACAAAUGUGACAUUUGGGAGUUAUGGAGAUUGGAAGACUGGUAAGAUUUGAAUGACAAAACCCAUUAAAAAAAAAUAUCAAACCAUUUAGCAGUUUUCAUGAUACUUUUAACAGUAUUCACUUAAUUAGAGCUUGUGAUUGAGUACUCAUGUUAUAUAUAUUUCUGAAUAAUUAUAGUCUGGUCUAGAACUGGUGCAGGACACAGGAGAUUUGAGGUGUUACAGGAAAUGGUUUAUUACAUUACGAGCUAGCUAUGUUGUCCUUAUAAUUCAGGUGCAUGACCUGUAACAUAGAUCAUUGCAAUUGAUUUUCCAGUCAAUGAAAUGAACAGCUUUUAAUGCAGUGUUAAUGUUCUGUAUACAUGUGGUCUAUAUUAUAUUCUAAUGAUAAUGGUACUUUGUAGAAUUUCUCAAUUCUCUCGCAGUUGGAGUGUUUGUAAGGAACUCCAAGUGCUAACUUUGUGAUCAAACUGUCCCUUGAACAUGUUGGAUUUGUCUAGAGCCUGCUAUUGUCUCAUAGUAAUCUAAUGUCAGAGCUUUUGAUAGAAGCUCAUCUGUCACUUUAAAAGCUGAUGAAUGUUAAUAGUCCUGGCACAUCUGCAUAUAUCAAAGUGGAUUCAUUGAUCAAACAAGUCCAGAAAGUAACAGCUCUAUUGAAGAUGGCUUAUCUUGAGUUUAGGGGGGCUCAUUAUCAGGGUAGCUCUGUGCUCUCCUAGUCACUCUUGGCAUGCCAUGCAACCAAACAGAUGUAAAGACAUGUAGCUACGCAGCAAUAAAACCAGAGCAUAACCCGGGCUCACAUUGCCUGCCAGAUCAUUAAUGUGCAGCUUCAAAAAGUAAGCAAAAGUGGCAUUUUCUUCCCUUAACAAACAGAAUUUUCAUAUUUGGUCGGGUGAAAUGAAGUUCGUUAUAACAGCAGUGGCUUACUUUUUUAGAUUCAUUUAAAGAACAGGCUCUAGUUUCGUUAACAUUUUCAGUAAUUACAAUGAUUUAUAUAGCGCCAACAUGGGCUGCAGCGCACUUACCAGGAGAAGCGGAAUCUGCUGAAAUUACCAAAAAUGAUUAGAAGAAAACAAAAUAAAUAAUCGUCCUUUCAAGGCUAAAUAAAACACAUAUCUAAAAUCAACAGAAGGACUGUAGUCGCAUAUUAUGUUUAUAACUUUCCAUAGCUUCUAUGUAUUGGGAUUUUGGCCACGCUUCUUAUUAUGGGACCCUACAAAGGCUUUAAAUCACUUAAAGUCCCAGUAAGUAUGUAAUGCAGAGCUCUGGGAUGCUGUGUUAAAUGAUAACAUUUAGUGGAUUCAUCUCAUAUGAGCAAAUAUUAGGUUAGGACCCGCUGGAACAGGGGUACUUUUACAGUGUUGCAGGCUAAGCAUUUUAUGGCCAUAAUGUGUGACUAUAACCCCAUUUGUUUUAUCAUUGCUGUUUUUAUUAAGCCAUUGUAGAUCUAUAACUUGUUUAAUGUAGAGUGAGCUGGUUUUGUUUUUGCAGGUAUUUGUUUGUAUAUAGAUGCAAAAGAAUAUAGGAUUUCAGUAUCAUGUGAUACCAUUGUUCUAGGAUAAAAAUAAUUAUUAAAAGAUACUGAAAUACUAUCUUAUUUUACAUCUAUAUAGUUUUACAUCUGUGUCUUUGCUUUCUGUACUGUGUUAUCUUUAAAAUUUAUUAAAGGAACACACCAGUGGGUAAUUUUUAAAAACUAUAUAGUAAAUAUGGCUGUAAAAAAAAAACAAAAACAAGCAAAUACAGUAUUUUUUUGUGUGCAUGUUUUCUUUGGGGCCAUAUGAAAAAUCAGCUUACAAACACUGCAGAUUUGCUAUCUGCAGCCUUUACAAGCCCCUCCUCUCUUUCCCUGACACAGACUUCCAGUCAAGCUGAAUAUUAGCCAAUCCGAGGCCUCCCACUGAGAAGGCUAAGAGCUAGAGCCACGUGUGUGUGCAUGUGAUCGCAGUAGUACAGUUCAUUGAGAAAGGGGGAAGACAGGUGCUCUAUAGCCCACAGUGCCUUCCUCUUCUGUUCGCUCUACCCCAGUUGUGAAAGUGCAGAGUUCUAUUAAAACCAGCAAUUUUAUUAACUGUCAAAACAAAAUACAGAUUCCAUUUACAUGCAGCUCUUCAAGCUUGAAGUGCUUUAUGUCUGCAGUGUACUUUUAAAUAUGUGUAAUAUUUGUACUUAAAAAGUUGUGAGUGAAUUUAGAUUUUUGUGUGCUCAUUGUUGUGUUCUGCUGUCAUUAUUAGUUAUGUGAGAAGUCAAGUGCAAAUUUAAAGCUAAAACAACGGAGCUUGGAGAGUAUAUUUUUCCACUUCUGCUAUUGUAUCUUAAAAAUUGUUCUUUUGUAAAUGGCCCAGAAAUCCAUUACUGCACGAGGUCUGUCAGAAAAAAGUCAAGCCAUUGUUAAUAUAAUGAGAAAGGUUUGCGCGACAUUGAUGUAACCUGGCAGCCAAGGAGAGUGGACUGGAAUGGGCAUGCGUGAUCAAUAAUGACUUCACUGUACUAGUCAGUGGGGAUGCUAGACACCUUGGGUUGAGCAUGUGUGCUGUGUGGCCGCCGCAUUCAAAAUGACUGAGCAAGUAGAGCAACAAAUCUGCCUAAAAUCUUGCGUUAAACAUGAACACUCCUCCACAAAAACUAUUGGGAUGAUGCAGAAGGCUUUCGGCUAUGAUGCAAUGAGUGCAGGGCAAAUAAAAGUGUGGCAUGUUGAACGAUUUGGCACCCUGCCACUUCUGGCUUUUCCCAAAAUUAAAAUCAUCUCUGAAAGGGAAGGGAUUUCAGAUCGUCAGUGAGAUUCAGGUAAAUGCCACAAGGCCGCUGAUGGUGAUUCCAACAAAGGAUUUUGCAGAGACACUGGGAGAACUGUGUGAGGUCCUGAUUUUAAGAGGACGAGGUGUCGUUGUCCUGUGUACAAUGUUUCUUGAAUCUCUUUCAUUAAAUGUCUCUAUUUUUUUCAUAUUACCUGGCUGGAUACUUUCCCGACAGAUCUCGUAUAGCUCUAAGGAGUAAAUUCUCAUUGCAAAGUAAUCACAAUGUCUGAUUUCAUUAGUUUACACUACAUGUUUUGCUGCUACCUCAGGAAACCACAGGAAGACGUAAAAUGCAUAGUUACAAUUCCAAUAUGGGGGAGUGAUGUAGUGGAAUUGACACACUGCUGUUAUUUUGCAGGACAAGAAGGUUGGUUAACAUUGUAGCAAGUUGUAAACACUAACAUUAUCAUUGUGUCUCCUCAGCAUUGCCUCGGACUACCUGCCUACGUUUAUGUAUUGUCUGGGCAGCAGAGACUUUGAAGUGGUUCAGACAGCAUUAAGAAACCUGCCUGAGUACACCCUUCUCUGUCCAGGUUUGUAUUUUAUUAAAAUUAAACUUUAAUUCACUUUAUACCAAUAUAUCUCUACUUCUCCACAUAUUUAACAAUAAUCACCGUUAGCUGCUAUUUUAUUAUUAUUUUUUUCCUUGUCUGAUAUUUUAAAACCUACAUAUUGAUUUGCUCCCAAACCUUGACAUCAUGUGUCAUUAUUUGGCCAAACAUUUUUCGGGCACCAAGUAAUGAAAAAAAGAGUUCACUGGAUGUUUUUAAUCAAUGGCAUUCUGGAUUGAAUUAAGCAUAGACAUUUCAUUCUAAUAAGCCUAUUUUAUUUAAUUUUUUUACUUUUUUUUUUUUACUUGGGUUCACUAAAGGCUUUUUAGGGGGAACACUGCUCUGCAGAGUUUGGUCAUGUCCUUCCUUAAACAAUGGAUUUUCUUUUCACAGAGCAUGCCGCUGUACUUCUUCACAGAGCCUUUCUUGUUGGCAUGUAUGGUCAAAUGGACACCAGUCCCCAGAUCUCUGAAGCCUUGAAGGUCCUACACAUGGAAGCCAUGAUUUAAGAAUAUAAGGUUUAUUGGAGAGAACAGGACUUUUUUAGACAUAAGCUUACAUUUGGGUGCUUUCAUGCAUUCGAAGGAUUACAAGACAAAAGCAUUGUCCAAUCCAGUUUAAAGUUUCAGUUAGUAAUGUAUUAACCCUUUAAGGACACAUGACAUGUCAUGAUUCCCUUUUAUUCCAGAAGUUUGGUCCUUAAGAGGUUAAAGCUAUUUUUGAUUUGUUAACUUUUUAUUUUAAUUUUUAUUUUUGAUCCUUAUUGACUGUAAUGACAAUUGUAAUUAAACGGUCUUAUUUAAAAAAAAUAAUAAAAUUUAAAAAAAACAGAGCAAUGCGCAGGACUCAUGGUAAGCAUGGAACACAGAGAGAUUUAGCAGAAUACAAAUAUGGGGUGUUUGCGUAUUCUGUGAAUUUUCCCCAAAUAAAUGUGUGGGGGAAAAAAAAAAAAAAACUGAAACAAAUAACUGCAUUUGAUCAAAUGGUUAAAUGAAAAGUAUCAAAAUGCUCUUACUUACCUGAAUACACACUUCCUUCUAGCCAUACGAAUUCAUAUUCACAUGGGGUGAUAGACUGAAAGUGGUCAGCUGAGAUUCACUGCCAAUCCCAUUUGCCCAUUAGCCUAAGCCGCAAAGAGGGAGGGUGGGGGGAUAGGCAUUAAGAACAGUUUAACUCUAAAUGGAAGGAUGGCACCAGGGGACUCCAUACACUAUAUAACCAUCACAGUAAGCUAAAGCAGUUAGUCUAUAAUGUCCAUUUAAGGAUAUCUUUGUAUUGUGCUGCAUUCUACUUUCUCUCAAAAUCAAUCAUAAAGCAUGAUGCUACCACCUCUAUGUUUCACCAUUGGGAUGGUAUUUUGCAGGCUAAAAUAGGUGUCUGAUUUCUUCAAGGCAUGACCGUUUGAAUUGAGACUAAACAUUCAUCAGGCCAGAGAAUCUUCUUUCUCUCAAUCUGAAAGUACUUUUAUGGCUUUGAUGUGUCUUGCAGUGAGGAGAGGCUUCCAUCUGGUCAAUCUAUCAUAAAGGCCAGUUUGGGAGAGUGCUGCAGUGUUGGUUGUACUUCUGCAAGUUUCUCCCAGCUCUGCACAUGAUCUCUGGAGUUAACCCAGAAUGGCUGUCAGGUUCUCUGUCACCUCCCGAACCAAGGUCUUUCUCCCUCAAUUGUUCAGAUUGGCAGGCGUCCAGCUCUAGGAAGAGUCCUGUUUGUUCAAAUUUCUUCCAUUGAAGAAGUAUGAAGACCACUGUGCUCUUUGGAAACAUUCAGUGCAGCCGAACAUGUAUUGUAGCCAUCCUCAUAUCUGUGCCUCGACACAAUCCUGUCUCUGAGCUCUGCAGUCAGUUCCUUUGACCUCAUGGUUUGGUUUUUGCGCUGAUACACAUUUACAGUUGUGAGACCUUAUAUAAUCACGUAUGUGCCUUUCCAAAUAAUUUCCAUGUAGAAACAUCUCAAAGAUGGUCAAAUGAAAUAUGAUUCAUUCAAGCUAAAUUUCAAGUGUCAUAGGAAAGUGUCUGAACACAUGUCAAAGUGAUAGCUUUUUGAUAAAUUUCCAAAGUAUUAAAAAAUCUGGUAUUUCCUCUGUGAUUAUGGAGAUUGACGUGUGGGAAAAAAAAUGUUUUUAAACGAUUGUAGCAUAAGCCUGCAACAAAAAAUUAAGGUGUAUACUAAGUUACAAGAACAAUUAUGUUUUCAUGGACACAUAUAACUUUUUUCAUAUUUAUGAAAAGUGAUGCCCUGCAGUAUGUUUAAUGCAUAUUAAAAUAUUAAAAAUUAAAUUUAAAAUUCUGGUUCUUGCUUUCAAACCUCUACAUAAUGUUGCUCCGACCUGUCUAUCCUACCUAAUACACAAGUAUGUCCCGUCUAGGCCCUUAUGCUCUACUGAAGACUUACGUCUAUCUUCUGUCGUACUUCCUCCUCUGAUGCUCACCUUCAAGACUUCUCGAGGGCUGCACCGUUCCUGUGGAACUCACUUCCCUCCUCUGUUAGAUGCUCACCCAGUCUCCACUCCUUCAAAAAAAUCAUUAAAAACCCAAACUUCAAACAAAGCCACAUGGGACUCUGUCCCACAGACACCUGCUGGAGACUGUGUGGUGAAAAGGGCACAUACAUCCAUAUGUGGUGGCAAUUCACCAAAAUUAGCACAUACAGGAAAGUGACAAAUAUGAACUCCCGCAUACUACAAAAAAGAUUAACCCCCGAGCCAUGGUCGUGGCUACUAUCCAGACCAACUGACGGACUAGACAAACACGAACAAAGACUGCUUAAUAUGCUAAUAUGCGCUGGCACAGCAUUGGAUAAAAUCAGAAAUCCCACCUCUUACAUUAGUACUGACAAAAAUUAGAGACAAUUACCUGAUGGACAAACUGACAGCCCAAGUCCAAAAUACCACGACCACCUUCCAAAAAGUUUGGGUGCCAUGGGAACAAUUCGAUGCGUGCCGCUUUUUCACCGGGGAGUAGGAGUAAAGCGAAAAUGACCAAACGACCCUGUGUCCCUAAGAGCUAAUGUAACACAGGGUUCUGGGCAUGAACAGGGAAAUACAAGCAAAUGGAAAAAACAUGGUAUUGGAAUCCAGAGCUAUAUUCACACAUCUCAAAUGCUACACCAAGACACACCUCAUUUGUACCUACUUUACGAUGACUUUCUUUUUUCUUUAGUAUACAUGUAUAACAUAAAUUACAUAAACGUAGAAAAAUAGACAGUUACCAAAUGACUUUCUUCAACCAAGGGGCUUCUGCGUUAGCCACAAACCAAAUUGCCAU